AUGGGGAAAUCGAACAGCAAGUUGAAGCCUGAAGUUGUGGAAGAACUGACGAGGAAGACAUACUGUAAGCCAUUCCUUUCUCUCUCUUUUUAAUUAAAAAAUUACUUUGAACAGCAAAAAAUAAUAAUAAUCUUGGGUUCUCAUAACGGUGCAACUUUCCAGGUACUGGAGCCAGCUAGGAUGCAGAGAAGGCCUUGGACUGCAGAGGGUGGGGGGGGAUCUUUGUUGGUUGUAGGGGAUUUUGGGGGGCGGCUGGGAGGCAGAGGGGGUGUACUUGUGUGAUGACACACAAAGACUUUGGCCAGGAGAUCUGGGUGGUGGUGAUAGUGGCAGGAUACAGGGUCUGCAAGCCUGCCGUAGUUGAGUGGUGCAAAAUCUGCUGCAUUGAUGGAGAGGCGGGGUGGUGGUCCGAGGUGCUGGCGUUGGGAGUGAGGGUGGGUGGGCGUGGAGGGAGUAAUUUUUGCAAGGAGAAGCCUGCUGAGGUGGGGUCAUUAGUUCCACGGCUCCAUAGAUCAAAGUAAAAACAAUAAUAGAAAAGGCAAGCAGGUUCUCUUUCUUCCGCCAAGGAGGCUCACAUGUUCUGUGGUGAUUCAUGUCGUGUUGAGAUGCUCUCGGGCGGCAUCGCAACAUCGCCCCCCCAUCAGCUUCUCCUGGGGGUGGGGACUGGCUGUGAGCCAGUAUGGAGUCAGGAUGGAUGUGUGUGAGUUCUCGUGUGUGGAGGAGAGAGGAAGGGGAACGUCAUGCACCAUAAUAGCCAAGCCUCCUCGUUCAUUUCUGGGGAGCUGAUAGCCCGCUGUAGCCUGGGGGCUCGGAAGGGGGGGGGUCGUGGCAAAGGCAGAACGGUUUGUCUUUUUGCCAACCCUGAAACUGGGCAUUGUGGGGCGGGGAGAGAUUUAACAAUCUGGAAGAGGAAAAAGAUAGAGAGAGAGAAAAAAAUGUGUAUAUGGAGAAAUAAAACAAAGGGCAUUAGGUGAAGAUGGAUGGCUGUAUACAAGUUCUGUGCAAAGGAGGACCCACUGAAAUGAAUGGACCCAAGUUGUAGCCAUGUGCAUCAUGUUCAAUGUGGGUUUCCUCUAAGAAGGACUUACAGUGUUGGGAGCACCCCCGUGGGGGGUGUAGUUUGUGCUACUCAGAGCAGACCCAUUUGUUUUUAGCCAGUGCAAGUCCUACUCAGAGUAGACCCAUUAAUAACAUAAGAAGAGCCCUGCUGGAUCAGAUGAAUGGUCUAGUCCAGCAUCUUGUUCUCACAGGAGCCAGCUACUAAAUUGAAAACAAUGGGCACAGCUAACUUAGACCCAUUCAUUUUAAUGGGUCUACACUAAGCAGACAAAUGUGACAGGCAACUUGUAUAUAUAUUUGGUCCAUUUGUGGUUUCCUUUGAUAUUUAGAUGGAGCUUUGUUCGCAAAGUCCUGAAUUUUAGCUGGAGAGCGCUCCUUGGAGUUCUGAGAUUCUGUACCUUCCUCUCCCCUAUUAUGUUAGUGCAAGGGAAGCAAAAUGCCUUUCUAAUAAUGAAAGUGGGUCGCUGAUUUGUGGUGCAAUGACUUUUCCUAUGGCGAUGGCGGGAACAUGGCUCUUAACUCAUGCUUGGGAUUUCUGUGUUUCAAGUUGUUUUUCCUCAGGGAAAACAAGAGGCCGGGAACUGUGUUGGAGAUUGCUUCCUCUUUUCUGCCUGUUCAGUUUGGCUCACUUACUCAAGUCAUCUGGAGAGCUGCUCUGCUCUUUAGGGGUGGUUUCCUGCUGCACAGAUAAAGCCAGAAUGUGGUUAUAUUAGAUUGAAGGAAUUCAGCUUCUCUUUCUCCCCCCCCCCCACCUUUUCACACUUAUGUUUUAUUAAGUUUCAAUAUUUUUAACGUAUACAGUCAAAACUCAAUUUCAUCUUUUCUCUUUAUUUUUGUUGGCUUCCCACCCCAUUUUCCAUGGAGUUGUUUUCAGGGAGUGGGAUCCUGUUUUUCCUGUCUUGUCUGUGCCCUAUCUUAGCAUAGUAAAUAAAAAAUAAAAAAGCAACUUUUUGGAAGUAUUAUUUCUGUAUUAUGAAAGUUGUAUUUAAAAAAACCUCAUUUCUUCUAAAGAACUCAAGAGUGCUUUCCUUCCUUGCAUCCUCAUUUUUUUCACUGCAACAACCCUGCAAGGUAGAAGAGCCUGGAAGGAAAGUGGGGGCUGGCCUAAGGUCAGCCAGUGAGUUCUGUGGCUGAGUGUGGAUUUGAAUCUGAGUUUCUGGGCUCUGCUUGAUCCAUUGUUUGUUGUGUUGUACUACCUUUUCAGAAGGGUUGUGUGUGUGUGACAGUACAUUGAACUGCAUGGGAAUAUCAGUUCAUUGUUUGCUGAAAAUAUGUAUGUGAAAUAUUUAUCUAUGUGGGUAGCUAACUUUUAGAGAGGACAUGUCACUGUCUCCCAUUUCCAUUGCUGGGUUUGAAAGAACUUUGUUGUUUUCAACUAGGUAGGGUCCAUCCCAUGUUCCUGAUUACAUAAAGACUAUAACUUUGUUUUGUUUAUUCAAACCCACUGGUAUCUCCCAACAAGGCUGGGAAAAGAGUUCUGAAUCUCUGGAGAGCGACUGCCAGUUAGAGAAGACCAGACUUCCCCAACCUGGUGCCCUCAAAUGUCGCUGGACAAUACCUCCCAGGGCCCAUGAGCUUUUGGCUAUGCUGACUGGUGCUGAUGUCCAAGCACACCUGGAGAUCACCAGGUUGAUGUUAGCAACGCUGUUCUCAAUAGGCCGAUAGUAUGAUUUAUCAUAAGGCAACUUUUCUACAUUCUUAUUGACCAAACUUUUAGUAUGGAGAGGGCUAAUGGACAGCUCUUUCUCUCUUAUACAGCCAGCUGUUGUGUGCAUUGGCAGAGUGAGUAUAAGUAUCUCUGCCCCAUUCUGUUCCUCCCUGCCCCCUGUUCUGCCUUCUCCCAGGUCCAAGAGGACCCGCAUGUCUGCGAUCGCAUGCCAAUUGGAAGCACCUAAAAUGUAAUGUGCCUGUGAUGCUAGGAGUCUGUGACGAGGGUGCGGCUGUCUCCCAGUUAAAUCUGAUUGACAUAGUUUCAGAACAGAUGUAGCCUGGAUAGCUCAGUUGGUUAGGGCGUGGUGCUGGUAAUGCCAAGGUUGCGGGUUUGACCACCAUAUGGGACAACUGCAUUUCUUCCAUUGCAGGGACUAGAUGAUUCUCAGGGUCCCUUGCAACUCUAUAAUUCUAUGAUUCUAUGAAUGGAAUACAGUAGAUGUUGGUUCAUUAGGGCAAAUGGGGCACUGCCCCCCCCCACCUCAGACUGCCCUCAGCCAAUCCGUACCUGCCUGCCUUCUUACAACCAGUCAAGCUUCCUCCUCCUCCUCCUCCUUCUCUUCCUCCGUCUCAGUGUUGCCCCUUGUAGAACCAGGCAGGGAGGAGAUGGGGACAGAACUAGAAUUAGUUGGCUCUGCUUUUUGUUGCCUCUGGCUUCGCCCACUGCUUGGGCACUCUGCCUUCUGCCCUAUCAGCCCCAAAUGAGCACCAGUCUCCAAAGACUCCUUUAACACAGUUAAUUUAAAGGAAUUAACGCCGAUAUGAGGUGUGUGGGUGGCCAGCCCCUUGAUUUUUAAAAAGAGGACUUAACCCAGUCCUUAAAUUUGUUGAUCAAUAUUUUUUAGCCAUGCUGGCUAAAAGGAGCCUGUGCAGACAGAUGGUGGGGACAGAUGACCAGGGAGGGCUGGCUGGCUUAAUGCCCUGCUUGGGAGGUUUGCAGAGGUCUUUGGCUGGUUCUUUUCAGAAGGCAGAUGCUAAACAGGAUGGCUCCAUUGACAUGACUAGGUAGUCCACCUGGUUCUCAGGAAAGGAAUUCAUAAAAUUAACUGCCUGCCUACAGCAUUUAACAGAGAUAGUUAGGAGGGGUGCCUCCAAGUUCAGGGGCAGUCUACCUCUGAGAUGCCGAGAAGCUCAAUUCAAGCUGCUGGUGUUUAACCUUUUAAAGGCCUAAUAGGCCAGGGGAUAGCUGACCUUUAGAUCCUGCUGGACUACAACUCCCAUUACCCACGAGAAUUGGCCCUGACAGGUUGGGGGCUGAUGGUGUUGUAGCGAUGACCACCAACUAGGAUGGUUUUAAAACAGAAUUGCAGAUUUGUGGAGGAUAUGGCUAAUGGCUGCUAGCCACAAUGGCAGUAUUCUCCCUGCACUGUUAGAGGCAGUAAUGACUCUAAAUACCAGUUGCUGGGAUUCAUAAGUGGGGAAAGUCACUGAUGCUCUCAGGUCCUACUUUCUGGCUUCCCACUGGGGCAUUUGUCAGCCACUCUGAGAACAGGAUGCUGGACUAGAUGGUUCCCACCCCCUUUGGCCUGAUCCAGCAAGGUUCGUCUUAUGCUCUUCCUAUUUUAGGCAGCUGAUUUUAAAAAGUAGCUGUUUUUAAAAGGUUGGUGGGGGCAUGGGGGGGGGUAUCUGGAAAGCUAAAUGGUGGCAUAUUUCUUUGUCUCCAGUUGCCCCGGGACAAAAUCUAAGCAGAAUGGAGCGUAUUGACAUCUAAACAAAAAGUUUUAUGCAGCCCCAGCAAGAUGAUGAGCCAAGCAAUAUGGGAACCAAAAAGCAAAUCUGUGAGGUGAGAUCUUCAGAAGAAAUAGACAGAGCCCUGUCUGAGGCUUCGGAGGAGGCCUCAGACACUGACAUGACCAAAGGCAAUAUAAAGCCCCCCCCCCCCCCGCCCCAAAGGACAGUAGCUGCCACAAUGGAAGAGGACAGAGACUUAGAUGAGUACAUUAAUAAAAUAAGGCAAGGACUGGUCUUGGUCUGGGGAGCAGCUCUAGCUAUUUGAGCAGAAAUUUGAUGUGCUAUCUAAUCAACUGUCAUAUAUUUCUAAAACAACAAAUGAUGCACACAAUCUUGCUCUAACUAACCAAUCUGAGAUCCAACUCUUACAAAUGAUGGCUAGGAAGCUGAAGGAACAAUUUGAGAGGGAUAGCAGGAAAUUUUUUCAUCUACAACGCCUACUGGAGAACCAGGAGGAGGGGCGGGGACAUGGUUCAAUUCAUUAUUUACUAGAUACUCUCCUUGAAUUUAAACAUACCAUUGUCGCCCAUAGAAAAAGCCCAUCGGGUUCCCGGAGGCAGAAGCAGAACCAGGGAAGCCCCAAGAGAAGUGGUAAUUCUUUUUGAACAGAAUAGACUCAAAGACUCAAUUUUCAGAGCACUAAGGAAUGUUAGAAACCUAAAAUAUGGCGAAGCCACCGCUGAAAUAUUUCAGGAUAACAGCCCAGCCACACCGCGGUGGCAGAGGGCUCUCCAGCCUUAUACAUCAGCUCUAAAAGAAGUGGACAUAGCAUAUUGCUGUGGCUUCCCUUUUAAGUUGAUAGUCCGGCUAAAAAGCAGAACCUGGGUUGCAAGUGAUAACCAGCAGACUGGCAACAUACGGAAAGAGCUCCAGCUCCAAGCAGGAGAUAUCGCUCCUCAGCUCAAGCGCACAAGAGCACCUUCUCAGGCUGGACAACCAAAAAAGGGCAGAAAGAAAUAAGGCAACUCCAAUUAGAAAGUAAGAAAUUGUUUUGUUUUGUUUUAUUUUCAUGCAUGAAAAGCAUCUGAACUCCACUCUAACAAGCACAACAGUAAUUUGGAAGAGCCUUUGUCCUUAGGCAUUAGGAGGUGUGCAGCUUAGCAACAAGCCCCCGCCUGCCCCCUUAAUUGAUCCUGGGUACCAUGGGAAGGAUCUCCACCACUCCCACAUUCCUGUUGGCAAGCAGGGAAGCACACUCUAGCAUUUGUGUAUGUAGUUUUCAGUUUAUGUCCUUUGAUUUCCAAGUUAUAGAAGUUUAGCAGAAAAACCGAGUUUCUUGAAAAAUUCCAUCUUUAAUAGAGCAGGAACUACAUACUUAGCAUUUAACUCUCUGCUAUGCACAUUUCUACCAACAUUACUUUGAUUCCUCAAAGCCAAACUACGUAUAAAGCUUCUCUCCUUCAACGUUAGAGGGAUAGGAUCACCAAUCAAAAGAGCCAGAGUGGAGGCAGCCCUGCAGAGGGAACAUCCAGACAUUGUUCUUCUGCAGGAGACGCAUCAGUGCAGGAACCAGAGGGCUGCCUUGCUGGAUAGGCGAGAAACUACAAGCCCCCGGGCUCUGGGAAAGCCAGAGGCGUGGGUGUCCUGAUAAGCAAGCACUGCCCUCUGAGUGUUGAGGAAAGUUGGGAAGAAACCGAUAGGCAGAUACCUCUUUGUUCAAGGUGUCAUAGGCAGCCAUGAAAUCACCAUUGCUUAUUUUUAUGCACCCAACUCAGCACAAGAAGACUUUCUCCGGAAGAUGCUAACAUAAUUAGACCAUUUAAAAAGAGGACAAACCAUAACAGGCAGAGACUUCAAUUGCUGCAGCAAUGACACAAAGGACCGAAGUAGGCACUGAUCUGUGAACAAAAUCUGCAACCCAUUCUAGGUGGAAAUAUUAACUGAAAGGGACCUUGUGGACCCCUGGCAGACACUACAUCUAGAAGGCAGGGAAUUCUCAUGUUUUCCCCAUAAGUCAGUGCCACACUAGACCUAAUAUUAGUACCUAAACCAAUCCAUUUCUUGGGAAUAAGUCCUAGGGGUAAUUAAGAAUUUAAAAUCCGGAAAGUCCUCAGGACUGGACGAUUUUACAGGAGAGUUUUAUAAAGCAUUUCGCAAUGAGCUUGCCCCAUGGCUGACCAAAGUGUACAACUAGAACGGGGGGGGGGGGGAGCAUCACAAACAUGGUGUUCUUCAAAACUGAUGCUACUCUGAAUCAUAUAGUUCUCAUUAAUGUAGACACAAAGUUGUUCACAUCAAUAAUGGUCAAGCGUCUAAAUAUGUUUAUAACUCAGUACAUAUCUCCAAACAGGGUUCAUGCUGGCCAGAAGAGAAGCAUCACAAGUUUCAUUAGGACACUAAAUGUUAUACAUGAGCUAAAUAGAGCUGAAUAAUCUCUCUUGAUGCCAUAAGACUUUUGUUAGAACUGAUUCAUUGUUUCUGAUACACCAGCUAACCAAAUUGAAAUUUGGAUCUAAGUCCUUGCACCUCAUUAAGCAAUUAUACUCCAAAUCAAAACCAAUCAUUUCAAUCAAUGGCUUCGACUCUCAGGCUAUCGAGCUCUUAAGGGACACCCGACACUCUGCUGCCAUUGCUGUUUGCAUUGAUCAUAGAGGUAUUAGCCAUUCAACUGCACAAAGACACUUUUAUAGAGAGAAUGAGGUACACAAAAUGAAUAUGUUUGCAGAUGAGACCCUCUUAAUUCUGCAAAAUCCACUUAAGUGGCAGUUAGAAAUGUAUCACAGGGUAGCAGGAUUGUAAAUCAACUAUUGUAAAUCCCUGCUCCCUCCUAUCAAUUUAGACUGGUUGCUAGUUAACUCUCCAUUUGCCAUAGCACCUGGAGGAUUUAAAUACUUACUGCAGACACAAGACAACUGAGACAUAGAAGCUAUAGGGAAUUGUAUAAAAAGAAAUUUGGGAAUGGAAACAUCUUAGCCUUAGCUAGUUGAGGCAAAUAGCCAUGGUCUAAAUGUCAAUGUUACCUAAAUGCUUACACUUCCCCCCCCCCCUUCAAGUUUGCCUAUUCUCGUCCCUCCUCUUCAUCUAAAGAGAUGGCAAAAGAAACUCAAUGCAUUUGUGUUGGGAGGCAAAAAAUCUAGGAUAAGCAACAAAACUUUGCAGACAUUGAACAAAAGGAGGAGUGGAAAUGAUAACUUAAUGUUCUAUUUUGCUACUUAUCAAAUCAUUGAUCCCAUUGCUCAGGGUAAGACUAGAAGACCCUUGGGUCCAACUUGAGAUGGUCCCUUCCACACCUUCAAUGAGAAGUCACCUUUUCUUACCUUUGUAUAUGCAGGAGGUAAGGAAAAUAGACCAUCCAUUUACAAGAUAAGUACUGAUAGUGUGGAGAACAUGGAGUGAAACACUGGGCCCUGACCCUCACCACUGGUCCCAUUCCUCUAUCAUCCAGCUUUCAGCCACACAGAUAAAUAUCAACUGUUUAAGGAUUGGGAAGAUGUAGGCAUUUACAUAAUCCAUGACCUGCUUCCCAGAGGGAAAGCAAUAUCCAAAAUAAACUGCAAGUUAAAUUAAAAGGCAUUUGAACUACAGCACCUGGUUUGAGGUAAAUCAGGCUCAUUCUUUUGCACCUUGUUUAGAGAGCAGGGGAGAGGGCUUACACACACUUACCUUGUCUGAAUCCUUCUACAGCAAGUCAGCCUAUGACCUGAUGGGUGCUGCUUCCCUAAUAUACAGCAAUUGGUAAUGUCAUAAAGCAGGAGAUGCUAGAGGCCUUCAAUUUUUUAUAGGAAUUAGGCCACCCAACUGAAGAUCACAAAUGGGAGGGUAGCUGGACACCCCUCUGCCUUGCUGCCGUAAAACCAUCUCUGCUUGCUUACAGGAGGCCUUGCUCAAGGUCAUUCUGCACUGGCCCUGGAUACCAGUCAGGCUUGCAGAAAUUAAUCCCUCCUUUUCCCUUUCAUGUUGGAAGAGUUGUUGUGAACUGGGGUCAUUUAUUAAUGUCUGGUGGGAAUGUCUCCAUGUUAAAAACUUUUGGAAUAGAGUAUUCUCCAUUAUAGCCACCAUGAUAAGCCAACCCCUUUCUCCAAAUCCUGCCUUAGCCCUACGAUCUUUGGACAUAGGCUUGGGCUCCGUUCUCCACCACAGAGAACUGGACAGCUUCUUAAUGACUGCAGAACAAUUAGCAGUAGCUCAGCAAUGGAAGAACCAGACUGAAAUAUCCCUGAGCAUAUGGGGAAAUAAUAAAUGGAAUACAGCAGAGUCUGAGGAGGGCAAUUAAAGGCAUAUGCAUAGAAACACCCUCCAACAAACACGGACUCCUUUCUUUAACUAUGUUAACAAGCAAAAUUAUACCAACCACUCGAUAUUCUCAGUCAAGAGGUUAUGUUAAGUAAAAUGUUUGAAUAUUGAGUGUGUAAGCUUACGUCUAAAGUCAAUUGAUAGAAUGAACACUAUUAGAUGUAAUGCUGGGUACUUGUAUCUAAUAUUUCUAUUUAUUUAAAAACAAAAAAAGUUAGUUAAAAAUCAAAAAAUGUUUAUAAAAGGCUAUUAAUGGGUUAUUGAUUUAUUUUUCUUGUUUGAUGUUUUAUUAUUGAUGCCCUGGGUUUGUUUGUUGGGUUUUUAUUUUUUUAAUAAUAUUUUGAUCUUGUGGUGUGAGUCAGCAUGUGGAUUUUUUCAUAUGUAUAUGAAGCUCUGGAUUUGUUAGCCACCUUGAGUCAUGUCUGAGAAUUAGGCAGGAUAAAAACCGAUAAAAGUCAGUGGGGACUACCAGCUUGGAGGCUUCCUGGAGAUGUCUGGCUGGCCAUUCUUAGGAUCUUGAACAUCAGGUAGAUCAACAGUGUUUAACGUUUCCAAAUCCAGGGCCUUCUUUUAACCCAAAUAUGCAUCUGGGACCCAUUUCUAAAUCUUUCAUCAUAUAUUUGCAUAGCAGUAAUGCUCCUGUUGUGACCCACCUUGGAUCUGGAAGCACCGGUUGAAGACCAAUGCCCUAGGUAGAUGACAGCUUUGUCCCUACACAACACUUCUUAAUGUUGUACAAAUGAACUUUUCAGACAAUGCCUAACAGGCUCUCUUUCCAUCUUCUGCUGAUCUUUGGGCUAAUCUGUCUUUUGAAAGGACUCUCAACUCCCCUGUUUAACAUGCUUCACAAUCUGAUUUCAUUAGCUCAAUGAGCCACUGACUUAUUCUAUUUGGCGUGAUCAGUUUGCAUUGAAUGGGGCGAUUCUCUUGACAAAAAAGAAAAAAGAAAAAAGGUGGAGCUGUUUUUAAGUGAAGAUUUGGGGGCGUUUCAAGGAGUGUAGGGUUUCUGCCCCUCCUUUCUUUUCUCGCCUUGGAAAUGUGCAGAUUGAGUCCGAGACUCCAGCUUUGGCAAAACUGUUGAAUCCAGAGCACGUACCCAGGCAAAGGUGUGCUCACUCCGCACCCUCCCUCCCCUUCCUCUGUUGCCGCCUCUGCUGCAGUCCACAGAAUUGCUUACCCAAAAAGGCAAUCAAAGAGGACGCCACAGGUUCAUGUGUUUUCCCUGCACAGUGGUGCAAUGCACAACCCUUAAAAAGCCAGCACCGUUUCGAGAAGGCUCAGAGAGCAGGCAGCGUCUUUCCAAAGAAUGCAUGGCAGGUUGCUGGUCCUGCUGGAUUGGAUUGGCAGUCUGUCACAGCCCGGGGGUGGUGGGCAACAACUAGUGGCCCCCAGAGCCUAAUCCCAUGGGGUGCCAGUUGGUCGCUCUUCUAACCCAGAAUUUCACAAGUGACCUGGAAGGAAAAUAAGAAGCUGCCCUGUGCUUAGUCCGGCCCAUAAGAACAUAAGGCGAGCCUCCUGGCCAAAGGGAGUACAUCUGGUCCAGCAUACUGUUCUCACAGUGGCCAGCUAGAUACCCCAAAGGGAAACCCUCUAGCAGGACUUGAGCACAAGAGGACUCUCCCGUCCUGUGGCUUCCAGCAACUGGUAUGCAGAAGCAUUCCUGUUCUGACUGUGGCGAUAGAGCAUGGCCAUUGUGGCUAGUAGCAAUGGAUAGCCCUCUCCUCCAUGAAUUUUUCUAAUUAUUACUUUCAUCUAAAAAUAAAUUAAGAAACCAAUCCUCCUGAUUCUGAAUAGGAGAUGCUGGGGAUUGAACAUCGGACCUUCUGCAUGCUCCACCUUUGGCGAGAAGAGCUAUGCUGCAAUGCUGUGUUUUAAAUGCCACAUUACUUUGAUAGAAGGGUUGGUUUGUUGUUGACUGUUGUAAAACACACUUUGGUGAAAAGCGGCCUAUACCUACUGGAAAGGAAUGUGUAAAAUAAAUACAGUGGUACCUCGGGUUACAGACGUUUCAGGUUACAGACUCCGCUAACCCGGAAGUAGUACCUCUGGUUAAGAACUUUACCUCAGGAUGAGAACAGAAAUCGUGCGGCGGCAGCGGGAGGCCCCAUUAGCUAAAGUGGUACCUAAGGCUAAGAACAGUUUCAGGUUAAGAAUGAACCUCCAGAACAAAUUAAGUUCUUAACCUGAGGUACCACUGUACUGGUUUUGCUUUCCCAGCAAACCAGCUUCCCACCAGAGGUUAUGGAUAACCUAUCAUUCGGCUUCCUCUGUUAGAGGCAGCCAGCCACUGAAUGGCAUUUCCUGGGAAUCACAAGGGGGUUCAGUCCCAAGGACAGAAAUUUAGGUUAUCAAAUGUGGCAGUGGCUAGCUGGAAAGGGAACAGCAUCAAAAGUGUGGUGGAAGCCAGGUGGAGUGUGGUGCUGACAUUUUGGCACUGGGGGUGGAGAAUCUGAACUCAGCACCCCCAGUGUAGUAAUAUAAUGAUAAUAUUAACCACUCCAGUUAGAGUUGGGAGAAAUUCCUGCCUGAAACUCUGGAGAGCUGCUUCCUGCUUGUCACUGCAGACAGUAUUGAGCUUGAUGGAUCCCGUGGUGUGAUUUGAUUUAAGGCCACUCCCUGCAGUUAUCAUGAUACAUUGUCAAUCUUGACUCAGAGACUUCUGUCUGCUGGUUCCAUUUCCCAAAUCCUGCUGAGUCCUUUUUCUUCAAUAUUUAAUGGCAUCUGAAGAGAUUUUAAUUGCGAAUUAGCGUAACUUUCUGUUGCUGUCCCUGGGGAUAGGUGAGUGAGAUGAGUCUGCUCUAAGGCCUUUUGUUAGGGUGUUGGGAGUGGCGAGACUGGUUGCUGCAUUCUUAGGAAGCAAGCCUAAAAAUAAAAUAAAGAUUCCAGCAGACCUGGGAACUUACUUUCAAAUUUGCCAGCCCUGGACUUGGUUUUGGAAGGCUUUGUAGCAUCCUGCUUCCCCUGCCAGAGGUAAUAUGCCUCGGAAUACCAGUUAUUGCAAAUUAUUAUCAUUCACCUUUAGAAAUCAACAGCAGCAACACCAGGAUGUAGUCCACUAAGGCACCAUCUGCAGCAUACCUUUAAAGCAGAACCAAGUCAUUUUAAACACCCAUGGCUUCCCCGAGAGAAUCCUGGGAACUACAGUUUGCUAUUAGGGGCCAAGAGUUGUUAGGAGGCUCACACUUUACCCAUCACAGAGCUACAAUUCCCAAAGUUCCCUGAGAAGAAAGAUUGCUAACCCACUCUGGGAGUUGUAGUUCUGUGAGGGGAUGAGUGGGGGUUUCCUAACAACUCUUGGCAUGUAACAGCAAACUACAAUUCCCAGGAUCCAAUGGGGGAAGCCACAGCUGCCUAAUAGCCCACUGAUUCUAGAAAUGCAUGGGUGUCAUGCCUUCCGUCUCAGAAUAAGCAGCACUUCCACCCACGCUUCCUGGGUGCUGGGAGAGCAGUGAGGAAUCUGGAGCAGGUGUUUUUUUUAGUUCUGUGUUUUUUGUCUUGACCACCCAACCUUGUAUCUUGACAGCUCGGCCUGGUGUCCAUGAGGGAGCAGAAAUUCUGCAUAGGUGGGUGAGCUGGGUGGCGGAAGGGGAGAGUGGAUCUUCCACGCCUGCUCUGCUGAAGCAAAUUUUUAAAAUGUUGCUAGCCUUUGAAGAGACCCUCUCCUCUGAUUCAGAUGGCACAGAUGCAAGCACCAGGGCUGAAGAUACGUAGGCAUUGUUUUAAUAAGCUCAGGAGUGUCAGGGAUUUCUUUAUUCUCCAGCUCCCCGCACACAAUAGGUUCCACCCCGUCAACGCCGCCUUUCCCCUCGCUGUCGUGUGACACUGGCCUAGCAACAAAUCAGUGCUGGAAGGAAGCCAGCUGCAAAUCCCCUUUGGGAACAAAUUUCUGAAAGUCGGCAUCUCAUAUUUAAGCCUGGCGAGGAGGGAGGGUGAGGACGAGAAAUUUCUGGCCUAUUUCCCAAUGAGGUGUUUAGUGGAGAGCAAGGAAGCAUUUUACCGCACUCGUGACGGCUGCCAACCUCCCUGGCCUCAUGCCAGGAGAGGGUGGGGCCAAAAUGGGAGUGGGUGGGAUCAGAGUGGGAAGUGGGAGGAGUCACCCUGUCUCUCUCAUUCACACACACACAUAUGAGAGCUGGUAGUGGUAUAAUGGUUAGAGUGCUGGGCUAGGGUCUGGGAGACGGGUUUGAAUCAGGUCAUGGAGCUUGCUGUAUGGGUCACAGUCACUCUUUCAGCCUGACCUACUUCACAGGGUUAUUGUGGGGAUUAAAUGAGGAACAGGACAAGGGUUCAAAUCCCCCAAUCAACCAUGAAGCUCACUAGGUGAUUCUGGGCCAGCUGCUACCUCUCAGCCUGACCUACUGGGCAGACUUCUUGCGGGGUUUAAAUGAGGACCAGGUCCUGGGAGAGACCAGGGUUCAAAUCCUCCAUGUGGUCAUGAAGCUCAUUGGGUGACCUUGGGCCUGUCACUACCUCUGAAUCUAGCCUAUUUCAUAGGGAUUAAAUGAAGAAGAGUAAAACUAUGUAUGCCACUUUGAGCUCCUUGGGGGAAAAGUUGGGAUAGAAAUGCAAUAAAUAAACAUUGGUGUCAAACACAUAUUCAGCACACACUUACUGUGGUUGUUUAACAACUGCUUUUAUAUUUAUAGGGGUUUUUUGUGUGUGUGUGCAUAUAGUUUUAGGUUUUUAUUUAUUCAUUUAUUAAAUUUGUGCCUCGCCUUUCCUCCCAAAAGGGACCCAGGGCAUUAAGCAGCAAAAUGUUAAAACAGCACAAUUUAAAAUUAGAUUUAAAACAAACACAUUUAAAGCGUUUAGAAACCAUUUAAAACAAUCUAAAGCUUUUUAAAAAAGUUUAAAAUCUCUAAAUACAUUGAAAAGCCAUUGCAAUAUACAAAAAGCAGGAAGCCUGCAUUUAGAGACCUAGUGUGUAAGGGAGAAGGCUAUGCUGGGUUCCGUUAUCCUGACAUGCAGGGAUUUUGUUGUUGCUGUAUGGAGCAGCAUGCACCUGUGGACUGUAACUGAAGCCCAGGUGUAGGUUGACUGCCUCAACGAAAUGUAGACUUGAAUGAGUUACAUACUUUUUUUUUGCACUUUUAAUGUUUAACUUGAAUUGCUGGAAUUUUGAUGGGGCAGGAAAUCACUGAACCAAAAAGCAUUAAAAAAAAAUAAAAGCCAAGAGCACCACCAGGAUCUCAGUUCUCAAGUAAUAAUCAAUUUCAGAAUUAUGAAUUUAUAAAGGGUUUUUUAGGUGAGAAAUAGCCUGUUUUAUGGGUUUGCAAAGUUUUGUGGAGGUGGGUGUUUGUGUAUGUGGAGCUAACAUCUGACAUGAAGUUGAUAAAGGUCUGCUGGACUUACUUGGUGUCCCCAGGAUACAGAUGCAGGAAACCUGUGGAUUGCUUUUUAACAGAGAAGCUUUUGCAUGAUUCAUUUCCAAAAGCCUGGGCCUGAAAAUGCAAAGUUUUCGGUUUUGCAAAAUCCACAUCUGCAAAUAUGCUAUGAAAUUUGCCACGGAUCCUCGUUGAGCUUUUCUGCAAGAUCGUAGUGGGAGAUAUGAACAGGGUUGGCUCCAGCACUUGGAAGCUUGUGGCGACUGCCAGGGACCCCGUGCCCUGGUAGGCCCCACUGCUGAUCCUUUAUCUGAGCCUCACUGGAUGUUCCACCAAGAAACCAUUUCCAUUUCCUACAACACUCCCAGCUUAGCUUCACUCUGAUGCAUUGUGGGAAAUUUUAAAGAUGAGCUCCUCCUUCUUCAUAGCCCUGCAUGUGCUGAUUGUUGAGACCUAACCUGGAAGGAGCAGCCGCCACUCAUGGGAUUGCUCCCCCACUCUACCUCUGCCAUUUAAAAUAAAGGUAAAGGUAAAGGGACCCCUGACCAUUAGGUCCAGUUGUGACCAACUCUGGGGUUGCGGCCCUCAUCUCGCUUUAUUGGCCGAGGGAGCCGGCGUCCAGCUUCCGGGUCAUGUGGCCAGCAUGACUAAGCCGCUUCUGGCGAACCAGAGCAGCGCACAGAAACGCCAUUUACCUUCCCACCGGAGUGGUACCUAUUUAUCUACUUGUGCUUUGAGGUGCUUUCGAACUGCUAGGUUGGCAGGAGCAGGGACUGAGCAAGGGGAGCUCACCCCAUCUCUGGGAUUUGAACUGCUGACCUUUUGAUCGGCAAGUCCUACGCUCUGUGGUUUAGACCACAGCGCCACCUGUGUCCCAUUUAAAGUAGUACAGUCCAGACAUGGAUUUACAGCCUCAGUGAGAAUGACAGGCAGGGCUGUCAGUGGAUGAGGAUUGUUUUCCAGCACUAACAAUUUCUGUGACCAGUGGUGGAGCUUCAUGCUCCGGCACCGGGGGCGUGCUGGUGCGUGUCCUGGGGGCGGGGCGUGCUGCCCGCAGGGGCAAGUCCUGGGGGCGGGGCACCCAGCGCCGGCCGGGUGGUAGCCACGAUGGAACCCCACCGGGAUCGCGCUGCCAGGGGCGGUGCGCUCCCCCCGCCCCCCUCUUCCUCCGCCAGUGUCUGUGACUGAUCAUGGUGUAGGAGACUGGCAUUCUAAGAGAAAGCACACACGGCAGUCAAAACUCUGGUGAGGAUUUAAAUCAGGGAUGGGAAUAGUCCAGUCCAGGCCCUAGAUGUGGCCCUCAGUUCCUCUCUACCUGACUCUCUGCAGGCCACACCCCUUCUCUCCACAGGACAUACCUGUUGCCUCUAAAUAGAAGAGGCAUUCCUCCUGAGAGAAGGGAGAAUGCCUCUUCUUAGAUCAGCUUCCCCACGGCAGAACUCUACAGAAUUGUAGAGUUGAAAUGGACCUAAAGGGUAUUCUAGUUCAACCCUCUGCAAUGCAAAGAGGAGGCAUUACCUUCUCAAGAGCUGGAUGAAUGCAAUAGAUGGAAGACUGCUUCUAUUUAGGAGAGGCAUUCCCAUAUGAGAAAGGAUAAUUCCUCUUCUUGAUUCACUGCUCUGGAACAGUUGGCCCUCCAGAUGUUGUAGGACUCCAGUUCCCAUCAGCCUGAGCCCCCUGCCCAGCCAGUAUUCUCAGAUGGUGAGGGUUGUAUUCCAACAGCAUCAAGAAGGCCGGUCAACUGCCCCUGCUCUCUUUGAAAGUGUGUCAUCAGUUUUAUUUAUUUUUACUGCUGAAGGGAGGAAGCAUGCACCAGUUCAGUUCUUUCAAAGCCAGCUCUUUAUGCAAGCAAAACUACUUGACAAAACAAAACAAAACAAAACAAAACUGACCAUUACAGCCCUCCACAUUACAUGUUCUUUGCCCCCACAUUCCUGCAUUCUUUCACCAUCUGCUAGAAGCUUAAGUUAUGAUAAUUGAGCAUUGUCGGUUUUUAUUUUUUACUUUUGCCCUGCUUGUGAAGGAAGUGUAAAUGCUACUGACGGGAGUGCGGUGCUGGUGGGUGGGCAGAGAAGUGUGAAAUGUGCUUGCAUUCAGCUGCGAUGGCGCAUUUUGUGUGAAUGGGGAGAGAGUUGAGUGAGAGAGAGAACAGUUGGAUGGCACUGCUAUGGUGGCUGCCAAGAGCUGUCAGCAUGACAACCACAUAGAUCUGCUAGUGCAAAGAGGAUUACUAUGUACCUAUUGAAUCCAGCCCUUACUCUAUAAGGACUAGAAUCUUAGGUCAGCAGCAGAGUAUCUGAUUGACAUGCAGAAUCUCCUGGGUUCAGUCCCUGUCGGUAUGGAUAGUAAUGAGUUUGAUGGACCAAUAUCUCUGAUUCAGUAUAAGGAAGAUUUCUUUGUUCCUGGGUUCAAUCCCCAAUGACAUUUCUAGGUAGGGCUGGGAGAGAUCCCUGCCUGAAACUAUGGAAAUCUGCUUUUGCCAGUCAGUGUACAUAACACUGAGCUAAAUGGACCAGUGCUGUGACUCAGCACAAGCCAGCUUCUCGUGUUCCUAAACACUGCUGGAACUCAAUUAUCAGGUGUCCCUGGCAGAGGAAGUGCAUGGUUCUCCUGCCUCCCCAUUCACCAGUGUGAUGAGCGUGGUCACUGCGGCGUGGCUGCCUCUGCUGCAGAAAACCCUCUUUCCUGCUAGGCAUGUGUGUGUCAAUCCAUCACUCGGCUAAUGCUCCUUUUGUCCUUCCAGCCUUUGCUAACAUGCUCAAGCCAGCUCCUUCCUGCAUCUAUCUCCCAAAGCCGCGCAGAUUAAAAAAACACCACCGUCCUGCACAAUCUCUCUCUUUCUCUUUCUCUCUUCCUUGUCAAGUAAUGAAUAAAUAUUGAUUUAUUUCAGGUUAAUUAAAACCCCUCCUGGAAGAAUAAUUCAGUCCUACGUGCUUUUAAGACUUAGAGAUAGCAAGGGAAAGAUAUAUUGAUUAAUUUCUCUUAAUCUUUGUUAUUUUCUUUUUCUUGCCAAUUGACACAAAAUGGAAAUUUAUUGUCAGGGAAUGAGUCGAGAGGUUGAAGCCAAGUUAAUCAAGGGUCAGGAAACCAAACCUUAUGAGAAACAAUUGACGGAGUUGGGUCUGUUUAGCCUGGUGAAGAAGAGGCUGAGAUGAGAUAUGAUAGCCAUCUUCCAAUAUCUAAUGGGCUGUUGCAUGGAAGAUGGAGCAAGGUUGUUUUCUCCUGCUCCAGAGGGUAGGUCCCAAACCAAUGGCUUCAAGUUGCAAGAAAGCAGAUUAUGACUAACCACCAGGAAGAACUUUCUGACAGUAAGAGCCGUUCAACAACAGAACAGACUCCUUGGGAUGUGAUGGACUCUCCUUCCUUGGAGGUUUUUAAGUAGAGGCUGGAUAGCCACCUGUCAUGGAUGCUUUAGUUGAGAUUCCUGCAUUGCAGGGGGUUAGAUUAGAUGACCCUUGAGGUCUCUUCCAACUCUACAGUUCUAUGCUUUUUAUGAUUCUAACAGAGAGAGGGAGAGGGAGCUUGGUUUGAUGGAGCAGAGGGCUAUUGAUGGUUGCUAGCCUUUAUGGCUAUGUUCUGCCUCCUCAACUGGAGGCAGCAAUGCUUUGAAUAUCAAUAGCUGGAAACCUCAGGAGGGAAGUGCUCUUGUGCUCGAAUCCUGCUUGUGGGUUUCCCAUUAGGGCGUCUGGCUGGCCACUGUGAGAACAGGAUGCUGGGCUAGGUGGGUCAUUGACCUGAUCCAGUAGGCUCUUCUAAUGUUCUUAUGAUACCUGACAAAAGGGGUCGUCUUCCCCUUUCAGAUCACCCUUACACCAGUGGUGGAAAUAGAAUUUUGUGUAUGAGUUUAUGCUGAGAAUCCUGGCAUUGUAGACUUGAGCCAGCCCUGUCCAGAAAUCCUGGUGGUUCAGGGAGCCAGUUCCUAAUUUUAGAGCAUCAGAAGAGGCCCUGCAAUGCUGGAUGAGGCCAAUGGGCUGUCUAAUCCAGCAUCAUGCUCUCAUGGUGGCCAACCAGAUGGUAAGUCCACAACAGCGCUCUCCUCACUUAUGAUUCCCAUCAACUUGAAAUCCUGCCUUAGUGGAGGAGGAGGAACAUAGCCAUCAUGGAUAGAAGUCAUGUCUGGUUAAUCUUCUUUUAAAGCUAUCCAAGUUGGUGGUCAGCACUGCAUCUUGUAAAGGAGGGGGACAGAUUGAUGAAGUAUGAAAAAGAAUAUUAGAAUGAUAAGGGUAUUAGAAUGGGCUGAGGGAUCAGGCUAGAGGGGGCCCAGAUAGUCUAGCAUCCUGUUCUCACAGUGGCCGGAUGGGUGCCCAUUAUGAGAAGCCCACAAACAGGACAUGAGAGCAAGAGCUUUCUGUCUGCUUGUGAGUACCAGCAACUGGUAUACAGGGGCAUAUUGCAGCCACUGUCAUAUAUAGUCUUAUCCUCCACAAAUCCUCUUUUAAAGCCAUUGAAGUCAGUGCUCUAACCACUGCAUCAUCACUGUCUCUUGUGGCAGGGAAUUCCACAAUUUCACUGCCAAUCAGUGUGGACAGUGAGAUCAUGGGCUAGGGUAAUAAUGGUGAUGUGCCCUCCUUGCUCCAGCAAGUGAAACAGGCAAUAAUGACUAGGAGAGAGAGUUUGCCUAUUGGAAUGGAUAUGUUCAGAUUUGGGACUGAGGCCACUUCUCUGUAGGAGAAUGCAGUGUCAGUUAUCUUGUCUCUGAUCAUCAGCAGUAAUGUCUGAUUGAAAACAAGGUGUGUGUUUAUGGGGGCAGAAUAUAAGCUUGAUUCGCCCUUUGAGGUCCGCAAGGGAUUUCAAUUACAAACAUUGGAAGUUCCUUAUCCUGAAUCAGACCAUUGUGCCAUCUAGCUCAGGGUUGUUCACACUGCAGCUCUCCAGAGUGGGUUCAUUUGGGAAGGGGCUUUAGCUCAGCAAUAGGAUAUCUGCUUUGCUUGCAGAAGGUCCCAGGUUCAGUCCCUGGCAUCUCUAGGUAGGACUGGGAGAGAAUCCCACCUAAAACCCUUGAGAGCUGCUGUUAGUCAGUGUAGACAAUACUGAGCUGGAUGGUCUGACUAGAUAUAACGCAGCUUCCCAUUUAAAUCAGCCCUUUAUUUCAGAACCAUGAAAUUACUGUUAGGAGAAGGGCUGCAGCUAGCUAAGUGGUAGAGCACCUGCUUUUCAUGCAGAAGUUACCAAGUCCAAUCCUAGCAUCUCUAGGUAAGGCUGGAAAGACACCCUGCCUGAAACUCUGGAGAUCUGCUGCCAGUCAGCGUAGACAAUACUGAACUGAAUGGACCAUUGGUCUGACUCAAAAUAAGGCAGGUCUCUAUCCUCUAAAAUGCCCAUCUCUGCCAUUUGCAGAUUCUCAAGCUAAUUUUCUAUUGGCUUUCCUUUCCCUGACCACAGCCGCCCACCUACUGCAUCCUAUUCCAUAUAUUCAUUUUCAACAUCAGGGUUUCUUCUGAGACAUUUCUGGGCUGCCUCUCCCCUCCUGCCACGGAUACCUUUGUUGGACUUGCUCCAUCAAGGCCUGUCAGGACAGCAAUGAGCUAAUGAGGUGCAGGGAGAAGACUUUACAGGUCUGAAGCUGUAAUAAAGGCAUCAUUGAGGUUCCAGUGUACAAUUGCCUCCAUAAAGAGGUGAUUAGAAGGAAGCAGGAAGAACCAGGAGGGGCGGAAGGAGGUCAGAAAUGAACUUGAAUGUAGGAAGCUGGUUUAUACCCAGACGGACCGUUGAUCUAUCUAGAGAGAACUGAGGAGCCGCAGGACAAAUGAGGCCUAUAAGACCUCUCUCACUGGCCUUCUCAAGGCUGCACUUCUUAUCCAGGCCACAUCCCCUCAAAUAAUGGAUCAUCCCUCCCACAGAGGUACGCUGUGCCUAAACUCAGAGGCACAAUAUACAGUGGUACCUUGUGUUAUAUACAUACGCUUCAGGUUACAGAUGCUUCAGGUUACAGACUCCGCUUACCCAGAAAUAGUACCUCGGGUUAAUAACCGUUCUUCAGGAUGAGAACAGAAAUCAUGCUCCGGCGGUGUGACAGCAGCGGGAGGCCCCAUUAGCUAAAGUGGUGCUUCAGGUUAAGAACAGUUUCAGGUUAAGAACGGACCUCCAGAACGAAUUAAGUUCUUAUCCUGAGGUACCACUGUAACCAGUGCAGAAUUCUCUGAUGGUGUUGAUGAUUUAUUGUAUUUAUGUCCCACUUUUUCCUCCAAGAUGCUCAAUGUGGUGUACAUGGUCCUCUCCCGCCUCAUUUAAUCCUCUUUCCACCCCUGUGAAGUAUGUUAUAGGCUGAGAGGCAAUGGCUGUGACCCAAUACCACACCUAGUGAGCGUCAUAGCCAAGUGGGGAUUUGAACCCUGACUUCCUAGCCCAACACUAAUCACUCUGCCCCAGUGGCUUUGUCUCCUCUCCUUUGAAAGCAAACAUGAGGCCAUGGGCGUAGCCAGGAUUUUUGUUAGGGGGGGACAGGACUUUUGUUAGGAGGGGCAAAACCAAUGUGAUUGGUCAGUUAGUUAAGCAUUUCUAUUGUUUUACUUGAUCUAGGGUGGCAGCUCUCCACCCCCACCCCCCACGGCACAUGUUUGAAGCUAUCUUUCUGUAUUUUCUACCUAAGGGUAUUCUGCCUCUAUUCUCCUUGCUUGGAUAAAUGCAUGAAUUUGACCUUUGGAAGGUUUUGUAAGUAAAGCAUUUUAAACUUAUUUAACAGUGUGUGGUCUGUUCAUUGCAAGAGGGGUAGAAAGAGAGGCACACUGUUUGCAAGUGGACUAUAGGUAAAAGGGUCUAACAAUCUAUAUUCCUAGUACUAUACUCCUUGACUUUUCUAUAUUUGAACUGCUAUUGGGGGCUCUGUCCUGUUGAUAAUUAAAAGACUGAAGGUAGAACAAGAAGCAUGUUCUAAUUGUUUGAACCAGUAAAGUUUUAAAUGAUCAAGAGAGUUCUGAAUGCUAAGAUGGUGAUGAUGUUGAUGAUGAUGAUCUGUUUUCCCGAUGAAAGUGCUGCCUUUAAAUCAAAAGUAUUUUUUCUACCUCACAUAUUUCAUGUGUGAGAAAGGAAUGUGGUUUUAUAAGAGAAAAUGCUGUGAAGAUCUUAAGGUGGAGAUUGAAGUUAUUAAGGUGGAGACUGUGAAGAUUUUAAGAUGGAUACUGAAUUGUUGAUAAGAUAAAGAAUAUUUCAUACGGCAAAUACAUUGUUGGACAUUCCAUUGACUGUUGGCAUUCUUCAGCAAUUGUCUGAUGAACAAAUAAAAGAGAUUAGAGCUCUAAGAUUGAUGAAAUUGUGAAUGAAAGCAAACCAGAGAAGGAUGAAAUGGAAAGUGGAAUUAAAGAGAACACAUAAGGAUUGCCAGAAAAGGAGGGUGAAAUGGUAGAGUUGGAAGCAAAAGAUGGUGAAAUUGAGACAUCCUUCACAAAGGUGAUUAGAGGAAUGAAACAUCCAAAUAGCAAAGUUGUGGAGGAGUGGAAUGAAGGUAUGGAUGGACAGAUUAAUAAUAAUAAUAAUAAUAAUAAUAAUAAUAAUAAUAAUUUAUACCCCGCCCUCCCCAGCCAAGGCCAGGCUCAGGGUGGCUAACAAGCAAUAAUAAAAACAUGCUGAAUGAAUACAACUUAAAAACAAGAUUAAAAUACAACAUUAAAAUAUUGAAACAUUAAAAUGCAGCCUCAUCACAGGAGGAGAAAGGAAAAAGAAAGAGGGGGAGGGAAUCAAAUUGUCUCCAAGCCAAAAGGCCAGGCGGAACAACUCUGUCUUACAGGCCCUGCGGAAAGAAAUCAGAUCCUGCAGGGCCCUGGUCUCAUGAGGCAGAGCGUUCCACCAGGCCGGAGCCAGAGUUGAAAAGGCCCUGGCUCUGGUUGAAGCCAAUCUAACUUCCUUAGGGCCCAAGACCACUAGGGUGUUGCUAUUUAUGGACCUUAAGGCUCUCCGUAGGUACGAGGGUCCUAAGCUUAAGAGACGGGAUUAAGAGACAUCCUGAGGUGGCAGAGAUAGAGUUGAGAGAGAGAAAGGACUCUGUAUGCAGUUUGAAGUUAGAGAAAAAAGCUAUCAAACCUCUAGCGCUUUUCUUGGAAUAGGAAUGGCUGUAAAGAGUAAAUAGAAGCAAUAUUUUUUUCAAAAUCAAGAUAGAAAACCACAGGAGUUAUAACAGUCAGUAGGAACAGAUGAUGUGAAACUGGGUGCGAACUAAUGAGUAAAAAAAAUUAUGAAAUAUUGUUUUCAUAUAUGAUCACAGUGGAGAGACUCUUGUGUGGACAAAUACUUAUUAUUGAAUAUAUGGAGGAAUGUUGAGGUUACAGGAGACAAGGUUAAUAUUCUAAAUUAGAGAAAAAUUAUUGGUGACAUUUAAUAUUAUUAAUAAUAAUAAUUAGAUAAUCCCUUUUGGACUUUUGGUCUAUUUGGGUCAGAAGAUUGGGAAAAUAUUGUGUAACAGAAAGGAGAUCAGGUGGGUGUCACUCUGGAGUCAAUAUUUUGAAUAAUUUCUUUUACGUAACUGACAGUCAGAAAAUAAAAAGUCCUUUUUACUUUUCUUCUCUACUUCUCUUUUCUUUCUUUUCUUGUUUUCCUUUGAUGUUUUCUUUUCUCUUUGUUUUUAGUUAGAUUAGUUUUUUAUUUUAUUGCAUUAUGAAAAAGCUUUAAUAAAAUCUCUUUUUCUUUAAGGUUCUAGCCUGCUAGCCAGCCAGCCACAGCCUCUUCCACAUUACUCCAUUUCGUUCUGACCCAACCCGUCUUGUUUUUCUUUUCUAAAUGACAUUCAACGUUAUUUGGCUGCUGAGCAUUAUCCUCAUUAGACUGAGUUUUAUUAUAUUGGGGGGAGGGGUUGCCUCUUAGAUUUUAUUGCUGUUGUAAAGAUGUGUUGCUGAUAUCUCCCACUGUUCUUUUGCUCCGGAGCUCUUGACACUCACUGCUUGCCUUCAACAUUAGAAGAAGCAACAGCAGCACUGGCAGAAUGUUCAAAUUGGUGGUUACAUUCAAUGAGUGACUAAUUUGUGUUCACAAACAUUUGAGAUGCUCACUUUACUCACAUGUAACAUUCAGUGGAGUGUAGGGUCCAUUUGCCUGUGUACCCAGGCAGUUGAGCUGUGCAAAGCAACAAGUGGGCACUCUUUCACACAAACACUUGCAUGUGUGUAGAGGCAGCUUGUACCAUAAAGUGUGAGCAAGGCUUCAGUUGCUGAUAAACAAUGGUACUGUGCUUGAAUCAAGUUUAAAGCAGUGAGUCAGAAUGUAUGAACUAGAUUAAAACAUUUAGGUAGUGAGAACUGAGAACUCAAAACUGCAUUUUUCUUUGAGUGACCAGUAAACACACUCUCUCUUUCUCUGUUCUUUUUCCAGUUACGGAGAAGGAGGUCCAGCAGUGGUGAGUACUCAGAGCUAUUCUGGAGUCUUGUGAGUUCACAAGCAUGCACAUUUGUGUUCGUGAGCACGAAAAAAGCGAAAUGGGGAGUCUGCUGCUACCAUUGCACAGGUGUGCAUGUUAUAUGCUUGCCUGAUGGUCUCUAUAAUUUCUUGUCUCAUUUGUGGGAUGCAAUUUCUGGAAUGGAAUGUAGCAUCUGUAAGCCUGAUAAUUUGGGAGGAAUGAAAUCUUGACUGGGCAGAGGAACAAAGCAGGGGUGAGGAACUUAAAGCUUGGGGGCCAAAUGCGGUCCUCCAGACCCCUCUCUCUGGCCCUUGGAACUCUCCCUAAGCCAUUCCCCCUUCUUCUCAGGCCACACCCACUUUCCAGCCACACCCCUCAUUGACUCAGCUUUGCACCCUGAGUGCUUUUGCCUGGCUGGAAUGUGUCAUUGAACUCUGAUAGUGCUUCUUGCUUGCCUGGGGGGAUAUUAUAGACACUAUUUGUGUGUGUGUGUGUGUGAGAGAGAGAGAGAGAGAGAGAGAGAAAACAACAACAACAACAAUUAGCCAACUAUACAAAGGUAAUUAUUUUACAUUCAUUGCUCCAAUUAUUUUGCCUCUGACUCCCGCUGUGUUAGUUGUAAAGAAACAUAGAACCAUAGAACUGGAGAGCUGGAAACGUUCCCAAAGGUCAUCAAGUCCACCCCCCUACAAUGCAGAAAUGUCACCUAAAGAUUUCCUGACAGAUGGCCUUCCAACAUUUGUUUAAAAACUUCCAAUAAAGGAGAUUCCAUUACCUUCUGUCAAACAGCUCUCACUAUCUGACAGUUCUGCCUAAUGUAUAGUCAGAAACCAAAUGCAGUGAGACUAUUAUUAUUAUUUAUUGAAAACUUUCAGUUAGAGAAUAGAAUAAAAGGAAAAGAAGGGAAAAAAAUUUAAAGAAAAAGCAAAAAAAAUGAAAUUGUGAUAUAUAUAAUUAUGUAAGCAAUAUAGUUAUUCCAACUAAUGAAAAAUUACUAAUAAUAUAUUACAGUUUUUACAUGUGCAUUUUUAUAACUGCAUUACAAAUAUCAUUUUAUUUAUUCAUGCACAGUCUACAUCUAAAUGCAAUCUGUUCGUAUAUUGCGAGUGUUGUCAUAUCUUCUAUCAGUUGUUUAAAGCGGGCCAUGGUUUUAUCUUUCCAAUAAAUCAAUAUCAGUCUUUUGGCAGAAGUUAGGGUGCAGAAAUUCCAUUUACAGUGAGAAACUUGAUGUAGCUCAAGAAACAAGGGCUGCUAUGUGCUACAUUUAUGGUGGAAAAAUGCUCUGCACUCCCUCAGAGGCUCUCUUUUCUUUGCUAGGAUUGCACAAGCUCCCAUUCCCCCCCACCCUGCUUGAAUUAAACCCUGCAUGUAUCUGAUUUGCAAAAUCUUCUCAUUAUAUUUUCAUCUUGUAGAUAACACUUAAAAAUAAUAAAAAAUGGUUGUGCUGUGCGAUCAAUGGUGCCUUUCCUCCAGGGCAUAUAUACAGUCUAGAAAGGCUGGCUCCUUCCCCAAACCUCUGUAGUUUGUUUUUUUGGAAGGCAUCCAUCUGUUAUCAGGGCAAGACAGGCACCACUGUUUUACAGCCUGGAACGCAAAUGCAGCUGAAGAGCAGAAUAUUCAAUUCCAGGCAUUUCCAGGUAGGGCUGGGAACAUCCCUUGCCUGAAACCCUGGAAACCCUCAAUCUGUUUCCAUCACAGCCAGUUCUCUAUAGGAAUUUUCAUUAUCUUAAGAGCUGCUGCCUGAGUUUGCUUCUCCCCCUUCUUUUUUUCUUUUCUGUGAUGUCUUUUAGAUAGCUAACAGGGUAAGCACCCACCCACCCACACCAACACCCCUAUAUCUUUCUCUAUCUUUAUAUUCUAUCAUAUCUGUACAUCUAUCUAUCUACACAUAUACAUAGAGACUUUUUACUUCUAAGCUGCCCAGGAAGACUUUCCUGCUGAAUAGCAGGGUAAAACAUGUUUUAAAUUAAUAAAACAGCAACAAUUCUGUAAAUUGCCAUCCACACCAAAAUAUCAGAAUUUGAAAACACUGACAGAGCUAUAGCUUUACCAAGUUUACAGAAGGCAUCAAAUUAUUCAUCACCAUAAGGAUAGAAGGGGAUGAUUGCAGAGAACUCCAAAGGAAUCUCUCCAAACUGGGUGAACAUGCAUGAAAAUGGCAACUGCAACUAAGAAGAGCCCUACUGGAUCAAACCAGUGGCAUUUCUUAGUCCCACAGUGGCCAACUAGAUGCCCUGGUGGGAAGCCCACAAGCAGUACCUUGUGAUGUAUGUUAACUGGUUUUCAGUGGUAUACUGCCUCCAACAGUGAAGGUAGGACAUAAGAAGAGCCUACUGGAUCAGGCCAAUGGUGAUCUAGUCCAACCUCCUGUUCUCACAGUGACCAGCGAGAUGCUGCAAUAGGAAGUCCACAAGCAGGACCCGAGUGCAAUAGUUGUUGCUCCCCAACAACUGGUAUGCAGAGAUAGUCUGCAUUUGAACAGAGAAACUUAGCUACCAUGGCUAAGAAGAGCCCUGCAGGAUCACAUAAAAGGCCCAUCUAGUUCAGAAUCCUGUUUUCACAGUGGUCAACCAGAUGCCUCAAUGGGGGACCUUUAAGCAGAGCCUGAGCACAAGAGCAUUCUCCCCUCCAGCAGUUUCCAGUAAUGGUAUUCAGAAGCAUUACUGCCUCAGGCUGUGGAGGGAGAACAUGGUCAAUGAUCCAGGACAGACCUAAUAGCACAUUCACUCAUAGGGCAUUAUUAAAAUGAUGGACAUUUGUUCCUACUGGACUGGGAAUGGCCACUAACUUGGCAGCUUUGAAAAGCAUUUAGGCAAAAAAUGGAGGAUGAAGCUAUCAAUAACUACUAGGCAUGAUCAAAAGGUGCAAAGACCCUUCCUUCCUUCUAUCCUUCCUUCUACUAAAUCAGUCCAGUGGGGUCCACUCAUCUCACAGUGGCCAAUCAGAUGCCCCACUUGCAGAACCUGGGUGCACAGAUUCCCAUAAACGGGUAUUCAGAGACAUGCUGCUUCCAACGGUGGGAGAAAGAACAUUGCUAUUUUGGCUAGUAGUGACUGAUAUUCUCUUCCAUAAAUUGAUCUAAUCCUCUUUUAAAGCCAUUCACAUGGAUGGCCAUCACUGCACACUCUUACCAAUAACUGCUCCAGGAAAUUGAGAGGAGAGGCACCCUUAGUCUGUACAGAGAUUCCUUUAUUAGCACAUAGCACAUCGCAGAAACAUUUCUGCGCAUUUCCUCUGCUGAUGCAAACGUGCUCACUUAUUUGCACUGUUGAGUGUGGCCAUGCUAGCCGGCCUGGCUUGUUCCAGAUUGAACAACAAAUUGCACUGUUAGUCACAGAAGAAUAAACACUUAGUUCAUUCUUCCUGGGAAGGAGAACAGCAUCCGCCUGAAAUGAAAUGAAAAAUUCCGCCCACAACUCUCCCGCCCCCUAUAGUUAAUCAGCUGGCUAAGCGUUAAAUGGCUGGGCAUGGAUGUUCCAUUCUAUUCCUUUCUCAGUUUCCUUCCAGGGAAUGGUUUGGCGGAUGGGAGGUGAACUUGUAUGGGGGCAGGAGAGCUCUUAGAUUUGGAGCUUUUGUGCUUCACUCAUGCUCAGCACAUGAUUGAUAUGGCUUGGGCCCAGGCUUACCUGAAAGAUUGUAUCUCCUUCUACAAACCCACCCAAUGUACUCAGAUCCUUGGGUGAGCACCUUCUCUUGGUCCCAUCAGAAGCAUGGUUUAUGGUGACACAAGAGAAAGAGAGAGACUUUUCUGUGGUGGCUCCCAUAUUGUGGGAUUUUCUCCCAAGAGAUGUUGGACUGGCUCCCUCUUUGCUUUCCUUCUGCCUGCAGGCUAAGACCUUCCUGUUGAGACCAACUAAGGUGCAGGUGAUGCUGAUCACUGGAUUUGAAAGGCUGGCUCUAAAUGUGUUUGCAUGUAUUUUAACUAUUGUUAUUAACUAGUUUAUUUUUAUUACUUUGCAUUAUAUAAGGUUGUUUUUUAAAUAUUAGAUGCUGCCUUGAAUCCCGUCUCAAGAGAAAGGCAGGCUAUUACUACUACUACUACUACUGCUGCUGCUGCUGCUGAUAAUAAUAAUAAUAAUAAUUAUAAAUGAACAAUAAUGACUAACUUCAUUGUUACACUGUGGAACUCCCUCCCACAGAAGGCAGUGAUGGCCACCAACUUCAAUGGCUUUAAUAGAUGAUUUGACAAAUUCAUGCAGGAGGAGAGGACUAUUGAUGGCUGCUAGCCACGAUGGCUAUGCUCUGGUUCUGACCAUGGAGGCCAUCUCCUCCUCCAGUUCCUGAAAAUGGCAAGAGGGGAUGGUGCACUUGUGCUCGGGUCCUAUUUGUGGGUUUCCAGGAGGCAUGUGGGUGGCCACUGUGAGAACAGGAUGCUGGACUAGGUGGGAUCAUCUUAAUGUUCUUUGGUCAGUUGGUUAGAGCGUGGUGCUGAUAAUGCCAAGGUUUCAGGUUCGAUCCCCGUAUAGGACAGCAGCAUAUUCCUGCACUGCAGUGGGUUGGCCCUCGGGGUCUCUUCCAGCACUACAGUUCUGUGAUUCUAAGGCAUCUUCUGUGUUCCUGAUUUCGUGCUACCCCCUCUGCAAACUCCCACAAAGGUGGCCACCCUCCCCAUUUCUCUUUUGUUCCAACAGCCCUCAAAUGCAUCACAGCCCCAUUUCUGAUUCCUGCUGUGUCAUGGACAGCAAUGAGAGAAAGAAGAUGCUGCCUCUUUCCCUGUCAUAUUUCCUGAUCAGUUUCAUCUUAGCACACACAGCCCCCCCUUCCCUUGCCGCUCAGUUUGAUACUUGACAGAUUCGGGUGGCCCUGUUGCAUAAUGCUCCCCUAAUCUCACCCCCUCCCCACUUCUCCGCCCCCAUCUGCUAUUUCUCUCUGUGUUUCCCCCCCUUCCUGUUCCUUGUUUAUUCCCAUUUUAUCUUGGCACGUGGGAAGGAGAUGGUUCCCGCACAGCUUGGUUUGGGGAAGGGAGGAUUAAUUCCCCAUCAGAACAGGCUGUAAAGGUGGGGAAUUCAACUAGUGUUAAACUAAGCAUCCAGCAUGGGAGUAGCCAGGAUUUUUGUUAGGAGGGAAGGCCUUUUGUUGGGGGGGGCAGGUCUUUUGUUGAGGGAGCAGAACCUCAGUUUGCUAUGCCCCCCCUUGGCUAUGCCCAUGGUAUCCAGAGAGGGAGCAAUCCCCACCCCAAUUUUGUUUCAUGCAACUGAAAAAGGGAGUGUGUGGGAAAGAAUCUGACAUUCUCUUAUAGGUAAUGUGUUAAAUUAAAUCAAGUAGAAAAGAGCUUUCUCUUGGGCCAUCUCUCACCUUGUGAGGUAGUCUGAUAGUGUGACCUGUUUUAGGAGAUUGUGAACUGAAGGCGGACUCCGAUGGUGCAGUGCUCUGUAGAUGCAAUGUAGAGCGUAGCUGCAGUCUCAGUGGUGCAUCUGAAUGGUUAAACCGAAAUGGGAAACCAUUGUUUGAAGUGGGUUUGUUAACCACACUGAGUAGCACAACCAUGCCAACUUUAUGCCGGUACCUCAGGCAGACUUGAGAGACCUGUGGCCAUCUAGAUGUUGCUGGACUGCUCACAUCCUUGUCUUUUGGACAUGUUGGCUGGUGCUGGAUGAGAGUUGGAGUCCAACAAUAUUUGAAUGUGGUUCCUCAGCCUUGAUCUCAGAAGGGACAUUUCUCUCUCAUGGAGUAAUGCCUUUUCCAAAUAGAGUUUUUCUUUCAUUUCUUGUAUUUACCCGUCCUUUGAGAGGGGAAUACCUUUUCUUAGAAUGAUCAACACUGGGCAGAACCAUGUAAGCCACCUUAACACCCAUGGAGAGAAAGAAGGGAUACACAUGCAAGAAAGGAACAAACAAAUAAGUAAGCAAGCUCCCUGCCAGAAGAAAAGUAGCAGAGCAAGACAGAAGGAUUCUAGCUACGGCUUUUUUUAUUUGUGGGGCGAUGCCUCUUCUAAAUAUUAAUCAGCAUGGAUAAAUAUUUGAAAAUGAUAUUUCUCCUCACCUACCAUCUGUGGUGGUGCAGUCCAUUCUGUCAAUAUUAGGACUGUACCACCUCCUGGAUCAGCUGUGCUGAAAACGAUCAAAAAAUUUCCUUUUUAAUUUUGUGAUGUAAUAUUCAAAUUCAAUAAAAAAUAUAUAUCCAAAAAAAGGGGGGUGUAGGUGGUUCUGGCCUCUCUUUGUUUGCCGAAAAUCUGGCUAAAUGCUCUUGGAGGUGGAAGAUGAUGAGGUUUUGCUGUUGAGAUAAUUUCAGGGAAUAGAUUAAAGUGGAGAGCAGGGUCUGAAACCAGGUCACCCUCACCUCGCCUUCACCAGCAGAAGGCAGCCCUUGCAAAUGUAUCAUCAGCUGUUCCUUUUGUGUGCCUGAGGUGUGUCAGAGGGAUUGGUUUCACAGAAAGCACCUGAUCUCUGACCUGAUCAGCCCAGAUUCCCCUGGGUGCCCCAAAUACAAGGGCUCCCUGUGGCUUAUCUUGAAUUGCUCUUUUAGAGCAGAGUUUUGGGGGCCAGGGUUGAAUGGUCUCUCUCUCCUCAUCUUACAGUGUCUAUGAGAAAAGGGAUAUGGAUUCACUCUUUGCUUUAGCCCUUUGUCGUAUCUUAAGGUGUCUUUUGAGAAAGAGACCUCCCACACACGGGGGGGGGGCCUUCCCCAUGGGCCAUCUUGGCAGGUGGGCAGAGCACCCUGCAUUGUCUCCCCGGUCUUCCCACUGAUGAAAUCUAGAUAGCUUGCUCCUUGGGGCAGAGACCUUUUCUUUUCUUUUGCCUUUUGAUGUGUAGUAGGCAGCGAUUGACACCAGCUUGAAUGGUCUUAAAAGAGGAUUCAAUUCCCAGCAUCUCCAUGUAAGGCUGGGAAUGUCCCCUGCCUGAAACCUUGGAAGGCUGCUCCCAUUGGCCCAUCUAGUCUAGCAUUCUGUUCUCAAAGUGAUUAAACCAGAUGCCUGUGCAAAGCCUGAAGGCUGGACUUGAGUGCAAUAGGAACGCUCCCCACUUGUAAUUCCCAGCAACUGAUAUUCAGAAGCGUUGCUCCCUCCAACCAUGGAGGCAGAGCACAGCCAUCAUGGUUUGAAGCCAUUGAUAGCCCUCUCCUCCGUGAAUUUGUCCAGUCCUCUUUAAAGUCAUCCAAAGUGGUGGCCAUCACUGCCUCAAGUGGCAGCGAGUUCCAUAGUGUACAUUUGCACUGCAUGAAUAUGUCCUUUCUUUCAUCCACUCUGAAGCCUCCAACAUUCAGCUUCAUUGAAUGCCCGUGAGUUCUUGUAUUAUGAGAGAGAGAGAAAGCUUUUCGCUACCUUCUUUCUUCACACCAGGCAUAACUUUAUAAACUUCUGUCAUGUCACCGAAUCAUGAUAUGAAUGAUGAUCCCGUACUAUACAUUGGUACCUCUGGUUGCGAAUGGUAUCUGUUCCGGAGGCCGGUUCAUAACAUGAGCAGAACGCAACCCGUGUCUGCGGGUCACGAUUCGCCACUUUUGCACAUGCACGUGAUGUCAUCUUGCGCAUGCGCAAGCGGCGAAAGCCGGAAGUAACCCUUUCCGGUACUUCUGGGUCGCUGCGGGACGCGACCUGAAAACGCUCAACCUGAAGCAAAUGUAAUAUGAGGUAUGACUGUAUAGGGGAAUAGUGAAAUCAUCCCUGGGAUUCCAAACCUCCUGUAAUCAUGUAGGGAGGAUCAGGCGCCUUCUCAAGCCAGUCAGAGGAGAGGUGUACCAGCCAGUCUUUCCCCCCCUGCAAGUGGGCUUAUAUGGAGAAGAGCUACCUAUUUAAAAAACAAACAAACCCUCAACCUUCUAAUGGCAUGCUUUGAUGAAGCCUGCCUACCCAUAUGCCUCAUGCAUGCAUAGGAAAGGUAAUCCAGAAUCCCACAGUGACAGCUGCUGCAUCCAUCAAGGUCUCUUUUCCUGUAAAUAUUAUUAUAACUCCUGCUGCCGUGUUACCUAAGUCAGAAAUAACAGCUGGGGGAACAGGGUGCUGGUUAGUAAAUAUUUUGGCCAUUUGUUCCUGUUGCUCCCACCAUAGACUCAAGGGAGUAAGAUGGAUUUCCACUGUGUUUUGCCUCCCUUUGGAUGUGGGAAACCACAGGAGGGAACUGUGCUCUGAUUCUGCUUAUGAGUUUCCUGUUGGGCUAUCUGGUUAGCCCCUGUGAGAUCUGGAUGCUGGACUAGAUGGGCCAUUGUCUGCAGCACAGUGGAAUGAAGGAGGUGCAAAAUGAGACCACAUUGCUGGAUCAGGCCAGCUUGGCCAGCUGGAACAUGGGAGGCAGUGAUGGCCGCCAACCUAGCUAGAUGGCUUUAAAAGAUCAGACAAAUUUAUGGAAGAGAGGGAUUUCCAUGGCUAUUAGCCACAAUGGCUGAACUCUUCCUCCAUGAUUGGAGGCAGCAAUGUUUCUGAACACCACUUGCUGGAAGCCACAGGAAGGGAGAGGGCUCCUGUGCUUAGGUCCUGUUUACAAGAGCGGUAGACUUGUAAUCUGGUGAACUGGGUUCGCGUCCCCACUCCUCCGCAUGCAGCUGCUGGGUGACCUUGGGCUAGUCACACUUCUUUGAAGUCUCUCAGCCUCAUUUACAUCACAGAGUGUUUGUUGUGGGGGAGGAGGGAAAAGGAGAUUGUUAGCCACUUUGAGACUCCUUCGGGUAGUGAUAAAGUGGGCUAUCAAAUCCAAACUCUUCUUCUUCUUCUUCUUCACUGGGGCAUCUUGUUGGCCACUGUAAGAACAGGAGGCCGGUGUGAUACACCCACCCACCCACCCACCCACUUUUACACAAAUAGCUGAGUAUAAAUCUUUUUACUUGUCAGGUUGGUAACAUUUGAACAACAAGUAUUAUUUCCAAACUCCUCCAGGCAGCGUCUGCAUGAAGUCCCCACACCUCUCACCUUCACAGUCAAUAUAGAACUAACAGAAAUAACCAACCAACCAACUGCCAACUGCCUAUUCUCAACUGCCAAUUCUCAACUGCCAAUUGCCUACUGCCACAUCCUUUCCCCAAUACCAUCUGUUCUUUGUGAAAUACAUUCCCAAUGAAAUUACAUUACAAAUACUAACAUCAAGUAGGCGCAGGCCCAUUGUCAUGAUCCCGCUUCAGGGGUCUUCUUAUCUUCUUCUCCCCUACAUUGGGGGUAAGGCUAGGGGAGGGACUUGAUAAAGACCAAGCUAGUCAACUCAUGGCAGAGGCAAGAAAUGAACCCAUGGCUGACUUUAGCUCAGUCUUUUGAGCUGUUAUGCUGCCUUCACUCUCAGGGUUUCUUAACUGAUCCAGCAGGCUCUUCUCUUCUAAUGCAUUUAUGUUAGGCAAGGGAGACAUUUUCAUUCCCCAGUAUGUCCUGGACGUUGUGUUAUUCCAUGCCAUGGAGUGUGGGGGAGAAUAAAAGUGCCCCUUCUGGUGGCCACCAUUCCCUGCCCCCCAGGAAUGUCCUCAAGCCACACGUUACCCAAGGACAUUCUGGGAAAGGAAAAUGGCUGCCAAGUGCUGCUGGCAAAAUAAACUCUGGAAAGGUAUAACCUGAGAUUUCCAGGGAGCUGGAUCCCAGUGCCCAGCACCCAGUGCCAGUCUUACUCAGAGCAAACCAGCCAAAGGUAUUGGCUCAUUAAUUUCAGUGGGUAUACUCUUGAGAAGAACAAGUUGGAUAUAAGUUGGAUAUAACCCCGUGAACAAGUUGGAUAUAACCCCGUGUCCCUUGCUUUCUGCCUUGCUCAAGACUGUAUCAUCAGAGCCACCUUGAACAGAAUCUGUAGCGCCUUGUCAAUACUGUGAGGCACCUUGGUGAUAUGCUUCAAGCUAUUUCCCCCUCCCCUUUCUUCCUUGCGCAGGUACAAAGGCUUCAUCAAGGACUGCCCCAGUGGGCAGCUGGACGCUGCUGGGUUCCAAAAGAUCUACAAGCAGUUCUUCCCCUUUGGGGACCCAACCAAGUUUGCCACAUUCGUCUUCAACGUCUUCGACGAGAACAAAGUAAGUCCACUGCGUUCCCCUGUGAUUCACUCCCCCCUCACUUCCUUAUUCUUCCUUAUCCUCCCCUCUGAAGCAUUAAUGGAGCUUGCCAGUUUGAAAGCGUGUACACACACACACACACACACACACACACACACACACGGUUGCCAGGUGUCACCUGAAGUCUCCAGAUUGGCCUGGCUGCCUCCAGGUGGCAGGCAGAGGGCUUGAAUCUCCAGGUGGGUGAGAGGGCCUUUAAUUAUAAUAAACAAAAUUAUUAAGAGGACUGUGCAUGCAGCUUGCAAGCUACAGCCUGGCAGGAGCUGGUUGCAAAUUACAGUGUAGUGUCUGUCCUCCUCUGCUUCCCUGUCCCAAGUAACCUCCGUGUCUAGGGCCCAUCCUCAUGACAUCACUGCCCCCUGUGACAACACCUUGGUUUCAGAUUUCGGCCCUGAAAUAUUAGGGUCUGGGAUGCUCCUGACCUGACAAACCCUGGGCCAAUGUCCCACCUCCAAACCAUAACAAUUUCCAGCACAGCUGGUCUAAGAAGGGAGGAAAAUCCAUCCCUUAGCUCCAUGGUGGCUGAAAAUUGUUGCCUGCUCAAGUCCCUAGGGGUGAAUUUAUUUAUUUACCCAUUUAUUGGUCUGUUGUUAUUAGGGAGGAAAUGAGAUUAAGUAAAACUCCCUCUUUAAAGCAAGACCAGAUUUCCCCUUGUUGAACUUCCACUCGCAGGUAAAGUCUAUUUUCUUCCAACAGACCUCUGGGAACUGACUGUUUAAGGAAAGGGCUUUCAGAAAGUGCUGUGCUUUUUUAUUAUCUGUAUUUUACUAGAUUUGUUUUUAUAUGUUUUUAAUUCUAUUAAUUUAAUUUAAUUUAAUUCUAUUAAUUACUUUUUCACUAUUAUCUUUUAAAUGUUUUUAGCCUUGUGUAUUUUAUCUUAGUUUGUCUUAAUUUCUGUAAGCUGCCUUGAGUCCUGGUCUGGGAAAAAGGCAGAAUAUAAAUAAUAUUAAUAGUUAAUAAUAAUAUCAUCUACCAAUACCAGCUCCAAGGUGCAAAAGACAUGCCAUUAAAAUGAAAGAACAAGGGUGCCUCUGAGCAUAUUCUGAGUCUAGAGAUUUGUUUGCAGUUACACAACUGAGCUAAGCUCACAGUCCUGUCAUAAGCAGAAAACCAUGUGUGAUCAGCUUUCUUUCAUUUCAGUAGCCUUAUUUAGGCAGGAUAAAUAAUUUUAUUCCUAGUUUGAACCCUCACUAGGGACUGGUAGAUCUGUCAGUUUUGAUUUUUCUCUGUGUCUCAUUCCCCCACCGCCACAAAUCAUAAUUAUCUGAGCUUAUUUUAAUUUGUGUAACCCAACUUGACUAGCAGUCCUCAAAAAAGGCAGGAUAAUAACAACAACAACAACAACAACAAUAACAACAACAACAACAACAACAAUUGCAACACUCAAAGCAGGAGGGAUGGAAGCAAGACAUGUCAUGCAACUGUGGAAAGCCUCUGCUGGGACAACUGCCCCAUCCAGUAAAAGUAGCAGGAAUUACACAAUCCAUCAGGUUAAACAUUGCCAACUGGUAAACUCAGCCUCACCAUCUCGAAACCAACAGAGCUGCAGUAAAGCUAAAUGCUAAUGAGGCACCUGCUCUUUUCUAAGUUGUUCCCCACAACCACUUUCCUCCUCUGGCAUUUUAAUGCAUCCCUUUUCCUUUCCAAAAGGGAUCCGAGAAAAUUAGGUUUAUCCCACUGAGGAACAUCCCUCCCACCUUGAGCAAAGGCCAUGACACUUGUAAGCAUCUUUUGCAGAACUGUGGAUUAAUUUACUUUUUCGGUGGGAAGGGAACUGGAGGUGCCCAGCACCUGGCUAUGUUCACCACCAUCACUGUGAAUCAGUUUAUAUGUAUGCCACUUUUCCAUUUUUCAUGCUCAGCGACUCAUAGCAACAUACAGAAUAAAAUACAACAACAGUUAAAGAUAAGAACCUAAGAAUGAGCUUAAGAACCUAAGAAGAGCCUUCUCAAUCAGGCCAAUGGCCCACCUAGUCCAGCAUCUUGUUCUCACAGUAGCCAACUAGAUGCCCCAAUGGGAAACCCAAAAGCAGGACCUGAUCACAAGGACACUCUCUCCUACUGCCCUUUCCAGCAACUGAUAUUUAUAAGUGUUUACUGUUUGAAUGGAUUGUUUUGAUGAGGGUGAUCUGAUGAAGGAUGCGCUAGAAAUAUAUUGAAUAAUUUAACUUAAGGAAAGUACCUGUGAAGGUCCCAUCUUAGAAAAGGUACAGUGGUGCCUCGCAAGACGAAAUUAAUUCGUUCCGCGAGUUUUGUCUUCUUGCGAUUUUUUUCGUCUUGCGAAGCACGGUGUCGGGAAAGUUUUGGAAAAGCUUCAAAAAUCACCAAAGUUUUUAAAAACCUCAAAAAAGGCUACCACACCGCUUUCUAUGAGUUGCUCCUCGAAGUCAAGUCGCAACUGUAUUAACGGUGUUAAGAAAAGGAAACAAACUUGCAAGACGUUUCCGUCUUGCGAAGCAAGCCCAUAGGGAAAAUCGUCUUGCGAAGCAGCUCAAAAAACAAAAAACCCUUUCGUCUAGCGAGUUUUUCUUCUUGCGAGGCAUUCGUCUUGCGGGGCACCACUGUAUUCCUUUGUUAGGCUGCAUCCACACUAUACAUUUAUAACAUCCACCCCCAAGAACCUUUCAAACCGUAGUUUGUUAAGAGUGCUGAGAAUUGUGGGCUUCCAGGGAGAUGAAUGGUGUUUCGGCUGUCUCUCUGUUAGCUCGCAAUUGAUGAUAGUUAGAUAGAUAGUCCGACUAUUAAAUCACUCUGGUGAUAAGGGUGAUCAGAGAGUACCUUGAAUGCUUUGAUCAAGGCUGUUUUCUGCUGCCUGCACCUGGGGGCUUGGACAGGAGCUAGAAAGAGCUGGCAAGCUAUGGAGGGACAUUUUGCCAAAACACCAUGUAAACACCCUCCAUGGGUAGAAAUAUUCACACCCUCUCUUUUUUAAACGUUUUUAAAACCACAAACUAGAGAGAGAUUUAUCUGUCUGCUGGUGAAAAUCUACAGUCCAGAAACUUGGAAUAACAAAUUUCUGUCAUUAAGAAGAACAGAAGGAAAAUUGGUAGUUAAAGUAAUAAUAAUAACAAUUUUAUUAUUUAUAUCUUGGCCAUCUGGCUAAGACAGAGUGAAAAGCCUGAUUUAUGGUUGACAAUAAAUCUUAAAUGGACAAAGGAAUUCUUGGUGUGAAGUGUCUUCCCCCUUUUUCUGCUUUUUGUCAUUAAGGAAACUGAAAGUUAAUUGGCCAGUACUCCAGCAUUCCUCUGAGAUAAGAGCUAUUGAAGCUGUGACCUUUAGGAAAUAUUAAGGUAGACUGAGCUGUUAAUAACCCAACACAUCAAAAGCAACCAGUAUGGCAAAGGUACCUUUGGAUCUCCCAGUGACUGUUGGUAUUGGAGAAUGAUGGAGAAAUGCAUAGAAAAGAGUGGGAUGAAUGACUGACUAACUAACUAACUAAUGGGAAGAUGUGUCAACACCUUUCAAACAAAUCAGGAAGAAUGCUCCCUGUUGUAUAACCUUGCAAACAAAUUGGAAUGAAUGCUCAUUAAAGGCCGUAUAUAAUCUAAAAAGACGAAGAAGUGUUUACUGCCUCUGAUCAGGGAGGCAGAGCACAGCCAUGGUGGCUAGUAGCCAUCUAAAGCCUCCUCCUCCAGGGGCCCAUCUAGUCCACCAUCUUGUUCUUUUUUUUUUUUUUAAUUAAUAUUUAUUAAAGUUUCACAAAAAAUAGAAUCACAUUAAUAAAAAGAAAAAUUUAAAAAGAAAAAAGAAAAAUACACAAUACAAAAUACAGAAUACAAAAAAAUAGAAGGGGGAAAAAAAAACAGUUAAAACAAUUCCGUCUUUUCAUUACUUCUUUUACAUUUACUUGUUUCCCGGACUUCCUCAUACCUCCCUCUUUUGUAUUCCAAUUCAGUUUGUUAGUCCAGCAAUUUCUUUCCCUCCUUUUUAAUCCAAAACCUUAAUCUUAAUAUAUUAUAACAUUAAAUUUUUACCUAUUAAAAACCAAUUUUUCCAUUCUUUUAGCCUUUUUAAUCCUAAUCCUUAGUCUUGAUAUAUUUAUAACUUUAAAGCCUGUACAGCUAGAAGCCACUUAACUUCAAUCCAACAUCACUCUAACAUUCAUUAAUUUUGCAAUAUUUCUGUAAAUAAUCUUUGAAUUUCUUCCAAUCUUCUUCCACCGACUCUUCUCCCUGGUCACGGAUUCUGCCAGUCAUUUCCGCCAAUUCCAUGUAGUCCAUCAUUUUCAUCUGCCAUUCCUCUAGUGUGGGUAGCUCUUGUGUCUUCCAAUACUUUGCGAUGAGUAUUCUUGCUGCUGUUGUAGCAUACAUAAAGAAAGUUCUAUCCUUUUUUAACACCAAUUGGCCAACUAUGCCCAGGAGAAAGGCCUCUGGUUUCUUCAAGAAGGUAUAUUUAAAUACCUUUUUAAUUCAUUAUAUGUCAUCUCCCAGAAAGCCUUAAUCUUUGGGCACGUCCACCAAAGGUGAAAAAUGUAUCUUCAGUUUCUUUACAUUUCCAACAUUUAUUAUCAGGCAAAUGGUAGAUUUUUGCAAGCUUGACUGGGGUUAUGUACCACCUGUAUAUCAUUUUCAUAAUAUUCUCUCUUAGGGCAUUACAUGCCGUAAACUUCAUACCUGUGGUCCAUAACUUUUCCCAGUCAGCGAACAUGAUGUUAUGCACCAUCUUGUUCUCACAGUCGCCAGCCAGAUGCCUCAGUGGGAAGCCAAAAUUAGGAUUUGAGCACAAGGGCGCUCUCCCCUCCUGCAGUUUCCAGCAAUUGGCAUUCAGAAGCAUUAGUGCCCCAGCUGUGGCGGUGGAGCAUACAAAACAGAUCACAAUUUAAACAAAAUGUCUGUAAGACAAGCAAACAUCUCACACUAAAAGCAACUGAAAUGAUGCCUGACAAUAAAAUAUAAAACAUCCACAAAAUACACCCCGACUAGGCAUGGAGAAGGGCGAGGUAGGUGGGAAAGUUGGCCUUGAUAGUUCCAACAGAAUCUCCUUUGUAGCAAUGCUCAGCUAUGCUGUAUUUCCAGGUGAUUGAGGAAUUUUGAUUUCUGUGUCUCCCAAAGUGAAUUGGGCAUGGAUUUUGCAGCUCCUGGACUUAGAUGUGUGGAUUAAAAUAUCCUCCAGAAUAUUACACACAGAGCUCUCGGCUCAACAGAUUUAAACAUGUGAAAAUUCUGUGAGUGCAGUUUGGAAUAAAAUGCAUUUACAAAUGUGUAUGUAGAAUUUAAAUUCAACAAGAACAUCUUGUUUGGGGAUAAAACACUUCCUGAAAUACGUAUUUAAAUAGGAAUUUUUGUGCAUAUUUUUUCAAAACAAGCACAGAUUAAAUUGGAUGCAGGACAGGAUAGAUUUUUGAAAGAGUGUGUGAGGAAUUAAUGUGGAGCAGAAAUAGAUUGAGGCUUCUAUCCCUUGCAGCAUGGUGUCCUUUCCAACUGUGAGAUCCCACCCUCUUCCCCAGUCAUCACAAACUACCUUGUUUGGGAAGCAGCCUUAUAAGAGUCAGGGCUAUUGUUCCAUCAAGCUCAAUAACAUCUGCACUGACUGGCAGCAGCUCUCCAGGGUUUCAGACAGGGAGCUUCUCUCUGCCCUACCUGGAGAUGCCCCGCUGCCCUGGGCCAUACUAGGUGGCUCCAGCCUUACCAAAUCACUUUUCUGUUGUUCUCAGGAUGGAAGGAUUGAGUUUUCCGAGUUUAUCCAAGCCUUGUCGGUCACUUCCCGGGGGACGUUGGAUGAGAAACUGCGGUGUAAGUGGUCAACUGGAUUUGAAAAUUAAAACUGGUCCUAUCAGCAUUCAACACUCUAAAUUAGGGCUCAGCUCCCACAAUCCAUCCCCAAGCAAAACUGACCUUUGCAAUGUGAGCUAAGGCUUCCUUUUUGGCAUGUGGCACCCUCAGGAUCUUGCCCCUUUCCUUCUUGCUCUCAGAUGGCAGCUUAUGAAAGUAUUCUGCUAAGACUGUACAUAGUACGCACAUGCGCACGCAGACACGCACACCAUCUAGGCAUCCAGAUGAUGCCUAGAUGAGGGCGGGGCUAACAUUUAAUUAGGGCUUUUAAGCCACAGGUCAGCAUAGCUCUCCCUAAUCUUCUACUUGUGGUUUCAGGGGCCUUUAAGCUGUAUGAUCUUGACAAUGAUGGCUACAUCACUAGGAAUGAGAUGCUGGACAUCGUUGAUGCCAUUUACCAGAUGGUGGUGAGUAUUUGAAAGAGCAGGAUGCAAUAUGAGUAAGACUCCAGCUGUUAUUUAUAGAAAGAGAAACUAGGUGGAGGGAAGGGCAAAUGCUAGGCUCCACCCUGGAGGAGCAAAAUUUGGUCACCUGGGUAAUUCACAAACAAUUUACAGGCGACCAGUCAAGGAUGCUUCUGUAAAUGGGGGAAGUUGGGAGUUUAUGUUGGUUUUUCCCCCAGGCUGCUACAAAUUAUACUCCUUGGGGUGAAUAAAACCUCUAAAGGCUUUUGUAGUCUUCGGCCCAAUUCACACCAUACCUUUAAAGCACUAUGAUACUAACUUAAACGGUCAAAGGUUCCCCCCUAAAAUUCUGGGCACUGGAGUUUGUUAUGAGUAGUUUAACAAGGAGUCCAUAUUCACAGGGAACUCUGGGAAUUAAUUGUAGCUCUAUGAGAGGAAUAAGCAGGUCCCCUAAGAACUUUCAGCCCCCUGGGGGGGGGGGAAUUGUCAUCGCGCCACUCCUUGGUGUGUGGAGUACCUCAGGGUGCGAUACUCUCCCCGAUGCUUUUUAACAUCUUUAAACAGCUUGUCCGGAGUUUUGGGCUGGGUUGCCAUCAGUAUGCUGAUGACACCCAACUCUAUCUGUUGAUGGAUGGCCAUCCUGACUCGGCCCCAGACACACUGACCAGAUGUUUGGAAGUUGUGGCUGGAUGGUUACGUGGGAGCCGGUUGAAGCUAAAUCCUUCGAAGACAGAGGUCCUGUGGCUGGGACGGGACGAUAUGGGAUUGGGGGGGCAACUCCCAUCUCUUGCGGGGGCGCAGUUAGUGCCAGCACCGUCUGUUAAGAGUUUGGGUGUGAUCUUCGACACCUCCCUUUCCAUGGAGGCGCAGAUUGCAGCUAUAACAAAGGCGACAUUUUUCCAUCUCCGCCAAGUUAAGCAGUUGGCUCCUUAUCUCUCUCGCCCUGACCUAGCCACUGUGAUUCACGUGACGGUCACCUCCAGACUGGAUUAUUGUAACUCGCUCUACAUGGGGCUGCCCUUGAGACUGACCCAGAAACUCUAGCGGGUGCAGAAUGCUGCAGCGAGACUCCUUACGGGGUCCUCGCUACGAGAUCACAUUCACCCGGUGCUAUACCAGCUGCACUGGCUCCCGGUGGAGUACAGGAUCAGGUUUAAGGUGCUGGUUUUAACUUUUAAAGCCCUAUACGGCCUAGGACCCUUGUACCUACGGGACUGCCUCUCCUGGUAUGUCCCACAGAGAAACUUACGGUCUUCAAAUAAAAACAUUUUGAAGGUCCCAGGCCACAGAAAGGUUAGGCUGGCCUCAACUAGAGCCAGGGCUUUUUUGGCUGUGGCUCCGAUCUGGUGGAACACUCUGUCACAAGAGACUAGGGCCGUGCGGGACUUGACAUCUUUCCGCAGGGCCUGCAAGACAGAGCUGUUCCACCAGGCCUUUGGCCAGGGCACAGCCUGACUCCCUCCUUUGGCAGUCUUCGCGGAGCUCUGGCCCAAUGGUUGCCAGUGGUUUGAUUUGAAUUAAUUUUAUAAUGAAUGAUUUUAGAGUGUUGUGUUGUGUUGUGUUGUACUGUUGUACAGUUUUAUUGUUGUUAGCCACCCUGAGCCUGGCUUCGGCUGGGGAGGGCGGGAUAUAAAUAAAAUUUAUUAUUAUUAUUAACAAACUACAGGUUCCCAGAAUUCUUUGGGAGAAGCUUGUUUAUUUAUUUCAUUCCAGGCCAGGAGGCAGAGACUGAACCCCCCCACCUUUUCUUUUCUUUUCUUUUCUUCUCUUCUUUUCUCUUCUCUUCUCUUCAGGGGAACACCGUGGAGCUCCCUGAAGAGGAAAACACCCCAGAGAAGCGGGUGGACCGGAUUUUUGCCAUGAUGGAUAAAGUAAGAUGCAUCCAGACGUUGUCUCACCUUGAGGCAACCAUCCAGAAAUUGCCAGGCCCAUUUUCCCUGCCACCCUCCCACACCAGAGAUCACAACCAAUGUUCCCCAUGUCCUGUUUCAAUGAAUUUGAGGGUGCCUUUUGAAGGUCCAGAAGGCAGGCUGUCUCCUCCAGUUUGUCAUCAGGCUUAUUCCUACAUGUAGCAAACUCUCCAUGUGGGCAGAAACGGAUCCAGAGAUCUGCAUGGGCAGUCCUCCUCUGCAGGAGGAGGAAGAAUUGUAGCUGAGUGGCGUAGAGGGAACUCAGGCCCAGGGGCAAAAUGUGGUCCUCUGCAGUUCUUUAUCUGGCCCUCGGGGCUCUCCUCAGACCACUGUCCUUAUCUGCUUCACUCCAGAACUUCCUGAAGUGUUUUUGCUUGGCCUUGAACUCUGAUCAUGCCUCUUGUUUUCCUACAUGUUGGGUAGAGAGAGGUGUGUGGGUGCAAUCCUCUGACUUUGGUUGUUCAAAUAUACAACACCUGUUGUUCCACCCUCUUUUGCAUAUGGUCCCACCUAUCAUGAUCAUCUGGUCCCCAGAAGAUUUCCUAUGAGGGAUUGAGGCCUUUGGCUCUAAAGGGAUACAUGUAGAACAUCUGUUUCAAAGGCAGAAGGCCCCAUCAUCUUUAGUUAAGACUCCCUGCCUGAUGGUCCUGGAGAGCUGCUGCCAGUCAGGAUCAACAGUAGUGGGCUAGGUAGGCCCAAAUGGCUUGACUCCAUACAGAAACAGUAUUUUGGGUUGAGGAUUGAACCUGAGAGCAAGCAAAGCCACAGCUUAUGUUCAGUCUCUAACAUCUCUAGGUAGAAAAUGUGAGGCUGGGGAGACCUGAGCUCGAAUCCUCCCUCAGCCAUAAUGGGCCAGUCACACACACCCCUACCUCACAGAGUUGUUGUGGUUAUCCUCUCUGAUCCCUCACUGUUGUCUGUUGUCCUAGAAUUCAGAUGGAAAACUCACCCUGCAGGAGUUCCAGGAGGGCUCCAAGGCUGACCCUUCCAUUGUUCAGGCGCUCUCCCUCUAUGACGGACUCGUAUAGCUUGCAGUCUUAUGCUUUGGUAAGUGGGUGUAUUUUAAAAAAAAAAGAUAGAGGGAGGCUGUGGGGAUGAGGGGUUGCUUUGGGAACAUCUGGAUGCUGUGCCCCCUCCCUGAUUUAUGAGGAAUAUAUCCUCAGCUUUCUUUAAGAGGGGGUUCAGAAAAGGGCAGCCCAAAUGAUUAAGGGGAUGAAGCAACUCCAUUAUGAAGAAAGGUUGCAGCACUUGGGACUUUUUAGAUUAGAUAAAAGGUGAGGAAGAGGUGACAUAACAGGGAGAAAUAUAAAGUAUUGCACUUGGGCAAAAAAAAUGAGAGGCACAAAUACAAGAUGGGUGACACCUGGCCUGAGAGCAGUACAUGUGAAAAGGAUCUAGGAGUCUUGGUUGACCACAAACUUGACAUGAGCCAACAGUGUGACGCGGCAGCUAAAAAAAGCCAAUGCAAUUCUGGGCUGCAUCAAUAGGAGUAUAGCAUCUAGAUCAAAGGAAGUAAUAGUGCCACUGUAUUCUGCUCUGGUCAGACCUCACCUGGAGUACUGUGUCCAGUUCUCGGCACCACAGUUCAAGAAGGACACUGACAAACUGGAAUGUGUCCAGAGGAGGGCAACCAAAAUGGUCAAAGGCCUGGAAACGAUGCCUUAUGAGGAACGGCUAAGGGAGCUGGGCAUGUUUAGCCUGGAGAAGAGGAGGUUAAGGGGUGAUAUGAUAGCCAUGUUCAAAUAUAUAAAAGGAUGUCACAUAGAGGAGGGAGAAAGGUUGUUUUCUGCUGCUCCAGAGAAGCGGACACGGAGCAAUGGAUCCAAACUACAAGAAAGAAGAUUCCACCUAAACAUUAGGAAGAACUUCCUGACAGUAAGAGCUGUUCGACAGUGGAAUUUGCUGCCAAGGAGUGUGGUGGAGUCUCCUUCUUUGGAGGUCUUUAAGCAGAGGCUUGACAACCAUAUGUCAGGAGUGCUCUGAUGGUGUUUCCUGCUUGGCAGGGGGUUGGACUCGAUGGCCCUUGUGGUCUCUUCCAACUCUAUGAUUCUAUGAUUCAUAAUAGAAGUUUAUAAAAUUAUGCAUGGCAUGGAGAAAGGGGUUACAGAAAAGUUUUUCUCCCUCUUGCAUAACACUAGAAAUCAUUGACAUCCCAAAAAGCUGAACGUUGGAAGAUUCCGGACAGAUUUUAAAAAGUCCUCCUUCAUGCAGUGCAUAAUUAAAUUGUGGACCUCCCACAGGAGGCAGUAAAGGCCACCAACUUGUGUGGCUUUAAAAGAGGAGGGGACAAAUUAAUUCCACAAUGGCCAUGCCCUGCCUCCAUGGGUGGAGGCAGUAAUGCUUCCUCUGACUACCAGUUGCUAGAAACUUCAGGAGGGGAGAGUGCUGUUGUGCUCACGUCCUCCUGAGGGUUUCCCAGAGGCAUAUUGUUGGCCAUUAUGAGAACAGGGUGCUGGACUAGAUGAGCCAUUGGCCUAAUCCAGCAGGCUGUUCUUAGGGUUCUUGAAUUUGAUAAAAUUUCCAUUUUAAUUGAUGAACAGGUAGAAUAUGAGGAUAACAUUGCUCAACUCAUUGUCUAAUUUUCAAGAUUUCCAUUCUGUGAAUAAUAUACUGAUUAGUGGCUUGUCAAAAUACAUUGGGUUUUAUCCAGUUAGCCUGCUCAUUAGGAGACCCAUUGUAAUUAAUAAACCUAAGCAAGCCAUGUUCAUUAAUAUCAGUGGGUCUCCUUUGAGUUGGCUAUGCAAUGAGAACACAUUUAUCAACCUGAAUGCAAGUGCUGGGAGUUUGGAAAUCUGUUACAGGAGUGGGUUCUGCCUGUGAGGUCAAAUAAUUGGCAAGCUUUUGAUGUCCAUAUUGCACGUUUGUUGUGUCAGUAGAGUCAGCAAACACCACCAAGGAUCAACAGACCAUUUGGAGAGACCAACUUAUUGCUUUCCAAAUCUGAUUUAGAACUAAUAAAACCUAAAACAGACAUCCAUUAGAGUGAUAGUAGAGGGGUUCCCAGAGUGGUUUAAUGAAUCAGUCCCUCUUUGCAGGGAACUCUGGAAAUUGUAGAUCUGUGAGGAGAAUAGUAAGUUUUCGCAAGAACUCUCAACACCCUUAAUGAACUACAGUUCCCAGAAUUCUUUGGGAGAAUCCAUGGCUGCCUAAAGUGAUAUUAUACUUUAAAUGUAUGGUGUGAAUGUUGCCUUAGUCUGUAAGCAUAGGAAUGUCCAUCAAGUCAAAAUGUUUGUAACAAUUUUGUCCCCCUUUUAACUGCUUUUCUGCUCCCUUUUUUCCAGACACACCUGAAGGAACCCCCUUCCAGUGCCAUCAAACACCCACCUCAGACCAGACUCUCUCGCCUGACUUAUGCCAGCCCCUCAUCGCGCUAA